AUGCCCUGCCCUGCCCUGCCCUGCCCUGCCCUGCCUCGUUCCAGUUCCUACCCUCCUCGGCAACGGGCACUACACUGCUUCAUCAUGAUUGACUGCGUUGCCAUGGAUCUAACUGUCAGCGGUGUGGCUGACACGGGCUCUUCUGGGAGUCCAUUCAUUAAAAGCCGCGUCGCUGUCAAGAUCGAGCGAGCAGCGAGCUCACAGCCGCGGGGUUCAGCGGGGUGAAGGUGCUCUGAAUACAGGGCAAGAUAAUGAGCUCUUAAACCUGACCGGACGUGUGGAUCCAUUGUUAUUUAUCGCUCACUCACACACACACACACACACACACACACAGAGCCAGGUGCCACUAGCAGCAACCUGAAUGAGCAUUUAGCAUUUAUCUUCCUAGGUUUGUAUAGAGGAAGUUCCUCCUCUCAGAAUUCAAGAUGAUAGUGUUUGGAACACGGUUGCUUGUAGAAUGCUAGAGCAGCACGGUAGAAUCCCAAACAACCCCGAGAUCCACCCCUUUCCUCUGAAGUUGUCUAUCCUUCCAGUUUCAGAGACAAAGCUGGCGUAAUUGAGGGCAUGUUGAAGGCUGAAGCAGCCAAUUGAUUUUCAAGCGGCUGUCAUUUCAAAGUGCUGUAAUGUCAAGAGGCUCGCUCUCUGUGUGCUCUUCAAACCAGUUCAAAUGGUUUUCCACCACGCGUUAUUUGUAGGUUUCUUACACCGUUGAAAUUCUCGGCUGUGAACGGUAGGCUUGGAUUAUACUGUCAUCACUUGUCAGCACAGGAGAAGACAAACACAGCCUGCAGUACUACCGGUCUCCCAUCACCAUGCAUUUAGUAUAGGUUAGACCAUGAUGUAUUCAGGACAAUGUCUUACACAUUAUGGUUCUCUCUACCUACUGACUUUUCUAUUAGCAUUUCAACCUACAAGAACAGAAUUACCCAGCCAGUAUUCCUACCAUGCUGCAACACUGGGUCACACUCACACAUCCACCCAUUUUAAUAUGAGCGACACGCUUUUCCUCCUUCCAGUCCCAGAUUUAUAAACAUCCCUUUGACUUUGAGGCUGUUGCUUUUUUUAUUCGUUUUUGUUUUUCCAUCCAGUCGGCGAAAUUAUUCCUGUAUUUCAAUUCCCCGCUGUAACCCCGAGCUAGCAAGCAAGCCAUUUUUUUGUUUUGUUUAAUUGACCCCUGAGAGAGAGGGAGAGAUCCACACAUCCCAUGGUAACACCUGUUAUUAGCCUUUUAAAUGAAGGCAGUGGCCUAACAGAUUGACAGCUGAGGGAGGGAGUUCUGAAUGGUGAGUAGCCUAGCUCCAAAUGGCUGACGAAGCAACCCAGGUGUGGGCUUUCACACUGAAACAACCCCUGGUGUGGGCUUUCACACUGAAACAACCCAGGUGUGGGCUUUCACACUGAAACAACCCAGGUGUGGGCUUUCACACUGAAACAAACCCUGGUGUGGGCUUUCACACUGAAACAACCCAGGUGUGGGCUUUCACACUGAAACAACCCAGGUGUGGGCUUUCACACUGAAACAAACCCUGGUGUGGGCUUUCACACUGAAACAACCCAGGUGUGGGCUUUCACACUGAAACAAACCCUGGUGUGGGCUUUCAAACUGAAACAACCCAGGUGUGGGCUUUCACACUGAAACAAACCCUGGUGUGGGCUUUCACACUGAAACAACCCAGGUGUGGGCUUUCACACUGAAACAAACCCUGGUGUGGGCUUUCACACUGAAACAACCCAGGUGUGGGCUUUCACACUGAAACAAACCCUGGUGUGGGCUUUCACACUGAAACAAACCCUGGUGUGGGCUUUCAAACUGAAACAAACCCUGGUGUGGGCUUUCACACUGAAACAACCCCUGCUGUGGGCUUUCACACUGAAACACGUUUUUUAAAGAUAAAGUUUCAUUUCUAUUGAUGUUUCAUUUCGUUCUACUCCAAGUGGCUGAAUAUCUUGUGUGCAUCCUUUCUUCAGCUGGCACCUUCACAUGUUAAUCACCUUCACAUGUUAAUCACCUUCACAUGUUAAUCACCUUCACAUGUUAAUCACCUUCACAUGUUAAUCACCUUCACAGCCGGCCGCGACUGGGAGACUCAUGGGCGGCGCACAAUUGGCCCAGCGUCGUCCAGGGUAGGGGAGGGAAUGGCCGGCAGGGAUGUAGCUCAGUUGAUAGAGCAUGGCGUUUGCAACGCCAGGGUUGUGGGUUCGUUUCCCACGGGGGGGCCAGUAUAAAAAAAUAUGUAUUCACUAACUGUAAGUCGCUCUGGAUAAGAGCGUCUGCUAAAUGACUAAAAUGUAAUGUUAAUCACUUUCACCAGUCAAAGUGAAACCUGCCUUCUCGCCAUAGCAGAGGAUAGGAUGUGGCCUAGUUGUUAGUUAGUUGGCACCCUAUUCCCUAGGGCUCUGGUUAACAGUAGUGCACUAGGAAAUAGGGAACUAUUUGGGAUGCGACACAUAGGAUCAGCUUAUUGUCCCCAAAUUCUCUUAGUCUUUAACCUGAUGUUAGGACACCUUAGUCUUUAACCUGAUGUUAGGACACCUUAGUCUUUAACCUGAUGUUAGGACACCUUAGUCUUUAACCUGAUGUUAGGACACCUUAGUCUUUAACCUGAUGUUAGGACACCUUAGUCUUUAACCUGAUGUUAGGACACCUUAGUCUUUAACCUGAUGUUAGGACACCUUAGUCUUUAACCUGAUGUUAGGACACCUUAGUCUUUAACCUGAUGUUAGGACACCUUAGUCUUUAACCUGAUGUUAGGACACCUUAGUCUUUAACCUGAUGUUAGGACACCUUAGUCUUUAACCUGAUGUUAGGACACCUUAGUCUUCAACCUGAUGUUAGGACACCUUAGUCUUUAACCUGAUGUUAGGACACCUUAGUCUUUAACCUGAUGUUAGGACACCUUAGUCUUUAACCUGAUGUUAGGACACCUUAGUCUUUAACCUGAUGUUAAUGAACCCUAUUAAAUGUAUCUCAUCGUCUCUUCCUCUGCCGCUCUCUCGCUCUCUCGCUCUCUCUCUCUCUCUCGCUCUCUCUCGCUCUCCUUCCCUCUCCCCCCUUCUCUCUGUAGUAACUGAUGUGGAGUUGAAGCGGCUGAAGGAUGCCUUUAAGAGGACCAGCGGCCUGUCCUACUACAUGGCCCAACAGUGCUUCUACAGAGAGGUACUGGGAGAUGGGGUCCCUCCGAAGGUUGCAGAGGUACGUCCCCUGGGACCCACAACACACACACACAUUUCAGACAAAACCUGAUAGGAAAUUGGGAUAUGACUGUCCCUCUCACCUCCCCACCCCUAUAGUCCAGAUGAAUCCUCUCACCCCUAUAGUCCAGAUGAAUCCUUUCACCUCCCCACCCCUAUAGUCCAGAUGAAUCCAUCCCUUAUUUGAAUGAAAAAUGUUUUUAGAUAAUGAGGUUCUUGGGAGAAAACAGACCUAGGCCUAGUGAUUUAGCUCAUUAGAACUACAGAGCAUAUCCCUUAGACAUGGGCUUCAAAAUGUCCCCUGUUUUACUUCACAAGCAUCUGCAUGACGUUACAUUGGCAUGAGAUGACAGGACGUUACAUUGGCAUGAGAUGACAGGACGUUACAUUGGCAUGAGAUGACAGGACGUUACAUUGGCAUGAGAUGACAGGACGUUACAUUGGCAUGAGAUGACAGGACGUUACAUUGGCAUGAGAUGACAGGACGUUACAUUGGCAUGAGAUGACAGGACGUUACAUUGGCAUGAGAUGACAGGACGUUACAUUGGCAUGAGAUGACAGGACGUUACAUUGGCAUGAGAUGACAGGACAUAACAUUAGAUUGACAUUAGAUGACAUUAGAUGACAUUGGGUCCUAGAUCCAUUCCUUGAGGCUACUUCAACCCGGAGUGGACAUGCUUUCAGCCUAUUGAGAUUGACCCUCAGUCAUUUUUUGCAUCUCAAAUGGCACCGUAUUCCCUAUGUAGUGCACUACUUUAGACCAGAGAAUGGCACCGUAUUCCCUAUGUAGUGCACUACUUUAGACCAGAGAAUGGCACCCUAUUCCCUAUGUAGUGCACUACUUUAGACCAGAGAAUGGCACCGUAUUCCCUAUGUAGUGCACUACUUUAGACCAGAGAAUGGCACCGUAUUCCCUAUGUAGUGCACUGCUUUAGACCAGAGAAUGGCACCGUAUUCCCUAUGUAGUGCACUACUUUAGACCAGAGAAUGGCACCGUAUUCCCUAUGUAGUGCACUGCUUUAGACCAGAGAAUGGCACCGUAUUCCCUAUGUAGUGCACUGCUUUAGACCAGAGAAUGGCACCGUAUUCCCUAUGUAGUGCACUACUUUAGACCAGAGAAUGGCACCGUAUUCCCUAUGUAAUGCACUACUUUAGACCAGAGAAUGGCACCGUAUUCCCUAUGUAGUGCACUACUUUAGACCAGAGAAUGGCACCGUAUUCCCUAUGUAGUGCACUACUUUAGACCAGAGAAUGGCACCGUAUUCCCUAUGUAGUGCACUACCUUUGAUAGAGUGCCAUUUGAGACUCACCCAUUAUAGCUGUGUUCUUAGGUUGGCCCCAGUGACUCUCCAGUUCCCUGUUCUAUACAGUAGCUAGCUGGUUUAAUGUUUUUCCCCAGUUGGUUGUUCAACAUUUCUAUUUCCACUUUCCCAUCAGAGGCUAUCUUUUUGCUCUGGUCUCUGUCCAGUUAGGCAGAAGGAAGUUAGCCAUACUGUCAAAUGCCUAUUCCCAAUUACACACACACACACACACACACACACACACACACACACACACACAAAUGCCACCUGACUGACUUUAUCAGUGAAUAAACACUAGUUCUGUGUGUUUGUUUGUACUGUGUGUGUCAAAGGCAGUGACUGAGUCGUCAAGGGGAUUGACGUAGGCCUAUUCUGCAGUUGACAUUGUUUGAGGAAUUGAAAAAAUGCUUGGCCAUUGUAAAAACCCAGCCCUUACCUGCUGACCACACCGCUCACGUUACGCGCAUGAGCAUUGCUAAAUAAAUGUACAAAUGUUAUUCUAUAAUUUCAUCCAAACUGUUCGCGCGCGUCAACGAGCGUCUGCGUAGCCAGGCGCUAAAAUAGAAAUGGGUUCUAUUUUUUACACUUGACUCGCCUCAAGUCCCGCCUCUCCCAUCUCCUCAUUGGUUUUUAGGAGCAUAUACCUACGUGGGUGAUCGAAAGAUGAACUGAGGUCCACACUCCAGUCCAGUUGGUGGUGGUAAUGCACCUUAAAGUUGGUUGCCAACCGCCAUAUAAAGUCCACAGAAGAAGACUGAAGGUGGCUCAGCUGGUAACUCAGCUGGUAGAGCAUGGCGCUUGUAACGCCAGGGUAGUGGGUUCGAUCCCCGGGACCACCCAUACACAAACAAAAAAAAAAUGUAUGCACGCAUGACUGUAAGUCGCUUUGGAUAAAAGCGUCUGCUAAAUGGCUUAUUAUUAUUAUUAUUAUUAUUAUUAUUACUAGAAACUAACAAGGUUUCCCCUUUUAUCUGUGGAUUAAUUGUCGGAGUAGAGAACACAAGAUUUUGUGUGACUCAAAAUGGGACCAGAUUCUACAAAGAUCCAGAAAAAAAGGACCUUGUGCAUUUCAGGUAAAAUAACAACCCAAUGUUUGUAUCCCAGGACAAAUUAGCUAGCAACAGCAAGCUAGCUAGCUAAACGGCAAUGAAUGUUUCAUGUGUUUCGACCUGUCCCCAAAUUAUUAUAGUCAGUUCAGAGUUGGUUUUGAUAUUUCAACCUGCGUGUCCUGAUCACGUCUAGUGUGGAUGGAUAAAAUCAACAUGCGCGCGACGGCACGCCCCCAGUGUAGUCAGCAUGUUGGGGCUUGGAAGUGGCAUUCCAUUGAAACAGUCUUGGCGAUAUUCAAUCAAAACCGCAAUCCAGUUAUUUGUUUAGGUAAGUCAAGGGAAAAAUACAUUUCGAUCAGCAAUACGCAUGUUUGGAUCAACACACUCAGCAACAAGAAACCAAAGUUAAAAGUAUAAAAAUACAACUUUUUUUGUCCACAUGUUAAUUCCAACAUUACAUUUUAGUCAUUUAGCAGACGCUCUUAUCCAGAGCGACUUACAGUUAGUGAGUGCAUACAUCAGGGUUCUUCAAUUCCGGUCCUGGAGGGCCGAAACACCUCUGUUUUUCAUUCUCUCCUUCUAAUCAGGGGCUAAUUCAGACCUGGGACACCAGGUGAGUGCAAUUAACUACCAGGUAUAAAUAAAAAACAGAAGUGUUUCGGCCCUCCAGGACCGGAAUUGAAGAACCCUGGCAUACAUUAUUCUUUUUUAUUUUCAUACUGGCCCCCCGUGGGAAUCGAACCCACAACCCUGGCGUUGCAAACGCCAUGCUCUACCAACUGAGCUACCUCCCUGCCGGCCAUUCCCUCCCCUACCCUGGACGACGCUGGGCCAAUUGUGCGCCGCCCCAUUUGUCUCCCGGUUGCGGCCGGCUACAGCAGAGCUAUCAACCGGGAGGGAUUGUGCUAUCCCAGGAAACCUGGGUAAUGAUUUGGAUUGAAAAGAGCACUUCAGCUUGAUUCUUAAUCAAUAGGCUAGCAGGAGAUUCUGCAUCUUUACUAUAGGAGGACAUUAAAGCUUAAUGUCUUGCCAGCAGAGUCUACAGGAACAAUCGGCGUCCCAAAUGACACCCCCAGUCCCUUUUUAUAGUGCACUACUUUUGACCAGGACCCACAGGGAUCUAGUGUUCAGGAAGGCAGACAUUUAUUAUAUUAAGACUUUUACCAGCGAGAAGGCAGCGAGUCAGAUUCACAGCGCCGCCUCUCAGCUGUACAUGGUGGUAGACUGAGAGAUUCAGGGGAAGGGCUGCUGCUAUACUGAGUGGAGCUGCAGCCACGUCCGUCGCUGGUUUUAUUUUUAGAUGCUUGUUUCUCACAACUUGUGAGUCAGAGAAAGUGGAACAUAUAUCUAGCUUCUCAAAAAGGCGAUGCGUGUGUGUGUGUGUGUGCUGUGUGUUGAAAGUGUAACUAAGGAGUGUAGUGGUGGUGUUUGGGCUCAGAAGGCAGCAGUCAGAAGGCAACCGACUCUAGGGCCAGUGGCAGUAGGAGACCCCCAGGCUGUGUCCAUCACUAGGCCUGACAGCAGGCCCCUCCUAGGGGCCACUCCGUCACUGUGAUUAGUGGGACCACAGGGCCGUCCUAGGGGCCACUCCGUCACUGUGAUUAGUGGGACCACAGGGCCGUCCUAGGGGCCACUCCGUCACUGUGAUUAGUGGGACCACAGGGCCGUCCUAGGGGCCACGCCGUCACUGAAUAUCAGGAGUCUAAACUAUACAUGUGUACCAUAGACAUCAUCAUCAUCAGGUUCACACCAUGCCUCGUUGUUAUUUGGUCAUAUUUUCCCUGGAGUCUCUUUGUUCUGUUAAUGAUGAUGUGAAUCCAUGAAUUAUCAAUACACUGAUGAAGGAAGCCUAUGAACACUACAUGACCAAAAGUAUGUGGACACCUGCUCAUCGAACAUCUCAUUCCAAAAUCAUGGGCAUUAAUAUGGAGUUGGUCCCCUCUUUGCUGCUAUAACAGCCUCCACUCUUCUGGGAAGGCUUUCCACUAGAUGUUGGAACAUUGCUGCAGGGACUUGCUUCGAUUCAGCCACGAGCAUUAGUGAGGUCGGGCACUGAUUGUGGGCGAUUAGGCCUGGCUCGCAGUCGGCUUUCCAAUUCAUCCCAAAGUUGUUCGAUUGGGUUGAGGUCAGGGUAUUGUCAUGCUGAAACAGGAAAGGGCCUUCCCCAAACUGUUGCCACAAAGUUGGAAGCACAGAAUUGUCUAGAAUGUAAUUACACUGCUCAAAAACAUAAAGGGAACACUUAAACAACACAAUGAGAAAUCAAAACUGUCCACUUAGAAGCAACACUGAUUGACAAUACAUUUCACAUGCUGUUGUGCAAAUGGAAUAGACAACAGGUGGAAAUUAUAGGCAAUUAGCAAGACACCCCCAAUAAAGGACUGGUUUUGCAGGUGGUGACCACAGACCACUUCUCAGUUCCUAUGCUUCCUGGCGGAUGUUUUGGUCACUUUUGAAUGCUGGCGGUGCUUUCACUCUAGUGGUAGCAUGAGACGGAGUCUACAAUCCACACAAGUGGCUCAGGUAGUGCAGCUCAUCCAGGAUGGCACAUCAAUGCGAGCUGUGGCAAGAAGGUUUGCUGUGUCUGUCAGCGUAGUGUCCAGAGCAUGGAGGCGCUACCAGGAGACAGGCCAGUACAUCAGGAGACGUGGAGGAGGCCGUAGGAGGGCAACAACCCAGCAGCAGGACUGCUACCUCCGCCUUUGUGCAAGGAGGAGCAGGAGGAGCACUGCCAGAGCCCUGCAAAAUGACCUCCAGCAGGCCACAAAUGUGCAUGUGUCUGCUCAAAUGGUCAGAAACAGACUCCAUGAGGGUGGUAUGAGGGCCCGACGUCCACAGGUGGGGGUUGUGCUUACAGCCCAACACCGUGCAGGACGUUUGGCAUUUGCCAGAGAACACCAAGAUUGGCAAAUUCGCCACUGGCGCCCUGUGCUCUUCACAGAUGAAAGCAGGUUCACACUGAGCACAUGUGACAGAGUCUGGAGACGCCGUGGAGAACGUUCUGCUGCCUGCAACAUCUUCCAGCAUGGCCGGUUUGGCGGUGGGUCAGUCAUGGUGUGGGGUGGCAUUUCUUUGGGGGGCCGCACAGACCUCCAUGUGCUCGCCAGAGGUAGCCUGACUGCCAUUAGGUACCGAGAUGAAAUCCUCAGACCCCUUGUGAGACCAUAUGCUGGUGCGGUUGGCCCUGGGUUCCUCCUAAUGCAAGACAAUGCUAGACCUCAUGUGGCUGGAGUGUGUCAGCAGUUCCUGCAAGAGGAAGGCAUUGAUGCUAUGGACUGGCCCGCCCGUUCCCCAGACCUGAAUCCAAUUGAGCACAUCUGGGACAUCAUGUCUCGCUCCAUCCACCAACGCCACGUUGCACCACAGACUGUCCAGGAGUUGGCGGAUGCUUUAGUCCAGGUCUGGGAGGAGAUCCCUCAGGAGACCAUCCGCCACCUCAUCAGGAGCAUGCCCAGGCGUUGUAGGGAGGUCAUACAGGCACGUGGAGGCCACACACACUACUGAGCCUCAUUUUGACUUGUUUUAAGGACAUUACAUCAAAGUUGGAUCAGCCUGUAGUGUGGUUUUCCACUUUAAUUUUGAGGGUGACUCCAAAUCCAGACCUCGAUGGGUUGAUACAUUUGAUUUCCAUUGAUAAUUUGUGUGUGAUUUUGUUGUCAGCACAUUCAACUAUGUAAAGAAAAAAGUAUUUAAUACGAUUAUUUCAUUCAUUCAGAUCUAGGAUGUGUUAUUUUAGUGUUCCCUUUAUUUUUUUGAGCAGUGUAUAUGCUGUAGUGUUAAGAUUUCCCUUCACUGGAACUAAGGGGCCUAGCCCGAACCAUGAAAAACAGCCCCAGACCAUUAUUCCUCCUCCACUACCAAACUUUACAGUUGGCACUAUGCAUUGGGGCAGGUUGCUUUCUCUUGGCAUCCGCCAAACCCAGAUUCGUCCGUCAGACUUCCAGAUGGUGAAGCGUGAUUCAUCACUCCAGAGAACGCGUUUCCACUGCUCCAGAGUCCAAUGGCGGCGAGCUUUAUACCACUCCAGCCGACGCUUGGCAUUGCGCAUGGUGAUCUUAGGCUUGUGUGCGGCCGCUCGGCCAUGGAAACCCAUUUCAUGAAGCUCCCGACUAACAGUUAUUGUGCUGACGUUGCUUGCAGAGGCAGUUUGGAAGUCGGUAGUGAGUGUUGCAACUAAGGGCAGAUGAUUUCUACGCGCUUCAGCACUCGGCAAUCCCGUUUAUUUUUUACAUUUACAUUUUAGUCAUUUAGCAGACGCGCUUAAACCCGGGGGGGCCGGGGGGAAGGCAUUUGGGGGGGGGCCCCCCUUCCCCAAAUUUUUUUAAAAAAACUAAAAAUUGUUUCCUAACCCCCAAAAAAAUUCCCCAAAAUUUUUUUGGGGGGGGAAAGGGGGGGAAAAAGGGGGGGGAAAAUUUUUCCCCCCAAAAAACCCCAAAAUUUUUUUGGGGGAAAAAACCCCCCAAACCCCCCCCUUUGGGAAAAAAAAAAGGAAAAAUUUUUUUCCCCUUUUGGGGGGGUUUUUUUUUUGGGGGGGCCCAAAUUAACCCAAGGGGGAAAAAUUUUUUUUAAAUUAAAAAAAAACUUUUAAAAAAAUUUUUUUUUCCCCCAAGUCUGGGUUUGGGUUUUAAAUUUUCCCCCCCCCCCAAAAAAUUCCCCAAAAGGGGGGCCCCCCGGGAAAAACCCCCAAAAAACCCCCCCAAACCCCCCCCCCCAAAAAUUUGGCAAAACCCAAAAAAAUUUUUUUUUUCCCCCCAAAACCCAAAAAAAAAAAAAAAAAAUUAAAAUAAAAAAAAAAACCCCCUUUAAAUUUCCCCCCCCCCCCAAAACCCCUUUUUUUGGGGGGGGGAUUUUGGGGGUUUUUCCCCCCUUUCCCCCCAAAAAAUAAAAAAAAAAUUUUUUUUAAAAAACCCCCCAAAAAAAGGGGAAAUUUUUUGGGGCCCAAAUUUUUUCCCGGGCGGUUUUUUUUAAAAAUUUUUUUUUGGGCCCCCCCCGGGGGGGUUUGGGGGUUUUUAAUUUAAAAAAAAAAGGGGGGGGGCCCCCCUUUUUUUGGUUUUAGGGGGGUUUUGAAUUUUGGGGUUAAAAUUUUAGAAAAAAAAGGGGGGGGGAAGUAAUUUUAAAGGGGGGGGUUUUUUUUUUUUUUCCCCCCCCCCUUUCUUUUUUCCCCCCCCCUUUUUUUUUAAAAAAAAUUUUAAAAACCCUUUUUUGGGGCCCAAAAAAAUUUUUUUGGGGGGCCCAAAAAAUUUUUUAAAAAUUUUAAAACCCUUUUUGGGGGGGCCCCCCCUUUUUUUAUAAUUAGAAAAAAAAAGGGGGGUUUUUGGUUUUUUAAAAAGGGUUUUUUUUUUGGGGGCCCCUUUUUUUUUUUUUUAAAAAAAAUUUUCCCUUUGGGGGGUUUAAAAUUUUUCCCUUUUGUUUUUUUUUUUGGGGGGGGGGGGCCCCCUUUUCCCUUUUUUUUUUUUAAAAGGGGGGGAAAAAAAACCCGGGUUUUUUUUAAAAAUUUUUUUUGGGGGGGUUUUUUUUUAAAAAAAUUUAAAAAAAGGGCCCCCCCCCUUUUUUUCCCCUUUUUGGGAAAAAAAGGGGGGGGCCCCGGGGAAAACCCAAGAAAAAAAUUAUUUGGGUUGGGGUUCCCCAAAAUUUUUUUUUUUCCCUUUCCCCCCCCCCUUUUUUUUUUUUUUUUUUUUUCCCCCCCCUUUAGAAACCUCCUUUUUUUUCCCUUUUUUCCCCCUUUUUUUCCCCCCCCCCCUUUUUAAAAAUUUUUUGGGGAAAAAAAGGGGUUUUCCAAUUUUGGGAAACCCCCCCCCUUUUUUUUCCCCCAAAAAUUUCCCAAAAGGUUUUUUUUUUUGGGGAAAAAAUUUUUAAAAAAGGGGGAAAAGGGGGGGAAAAAAAAAAAAAACCCCAAAAAUUUUAAAAGAGGCCCCCCCGGGGUUUUUUCGCCCCCCCAAAAAAAUGAAAAAAAAUGAAAAAACCAAAAGGGGGCCCCCCCGGGUAAAAAAAAAAUUUUUUUUUUUUUGGGGGGGGUUUUUAAAAAAAAAACCCGGGGUUUUCCCCAAAAAAAAAAAAAUUUUUUUUUUUAAAAGGGGGGGGGGAAAAAAAAUUCCCGGGGGAAAAUUGGGGCCGGGGGGACCGGGAAAACCCCCCCCCCCAAACCCACCCAAAAAAAAGGGGGGAAAGGGGCCCCCCCCCCAAAAAAAGGGGGGGAAAAAACCCCCCCCCUUCCCGGCCUUUUUGGGAAAAGGGGGGGGGGGAAAAAGGGGGGGGGGGGCCCCCCCAAAAAACCCCCCCCCAAAGUUUUAAAAAACCCAACACAAAAAAAAAAAAACCCCCAAAAGGGGUUUUUUUAAAAUUUUCCCCCUUUUUUUAAAAUUUAAAGAUAAAAUUGCUUUUUUGGGCCUUUGCGCCCCUUCUCCCCCCCUUUUAUUUUUUAUUGUUUUUUUGGGGAAAAACACUGCGAAGUAGAAACAUCAUUCUGUUAAUAGUCGUUUUGUCCUUCCAAUAUUUGUGCUCAUGACCUGGUUCCUAAGAAAGCUUAAGAUGCGCAUAUAUAGAAUAUGUUGUUUCAGGGCAAGCUUCAGGGCAAGCUUCAGGGCAAGCAGAGUAAGCCCUAAUAUAAAGCAUUAGGUCUAAAUAUACAGGCUUUUAAUAAGUAUCCAAAUACUCAUGCAUUACACAUGGUAUGCAAAGGAAUAAGGAAUGGUAAUUUAAAACCAUAAAUGGUUUAUAGUCCCCUGUAGCUCAGUUGGUAGAGCAUGGCGCUUGCAACGCCAGGGUUGUGGGUUCGUUUCCCACGGGGGGCCAGUAUGAAAAUGUAUGCACUCACUAACUGUAAAGUCGCUCUGGAUAAGAGCGUCUGCUAAAUGACUAAAAUGUAAAAUGUAAUAUGACAGUAUUAAAGUGUUAUGUUGACACAGAUUUGAAGGGCAAUCAUAUAACCGGGCGACGCCUCUCAAAAGUGCAAAUAUGGUGCUUCUGUUUGUACCUGACACAACGACACAGCCACUGUGACUGCCAUCUCCCAAUUGGCACCCUAAUCACUUCAUAGUGCACUACUGUUGAUCAGAGCCUGGUCAAAAGUAGUGCACUAUGUAGGGAAUAGGGUGCCAUUUGGGAUGCAGCUGUACAGUCACCUCUCAUCAGGCUCUCCAGCACACCCCAGGCAGCCAGGAGGCACUGCAAGUGCUGGCGAAAGGGACGACUCCCAAGUCACACACUCCACAGACGACACAACACACACACACACACACACACACACACAAUGUACCAAUGUCACUUAUGUGGAAGAGGUGGGCGGUUGCUAUCAUCAGGCAAGGGAAAGGGGGGGACCCUCACGAACACGACCCCCACAAGUGUCACGGGACUCGUCUGAUGGUAACCCAUACAAAUGAAUGGAAGUAUGGAGGUAGUUUUGUGGCAAAAAAAAAAAGGCGUUACAUUUUUGUCCAAAAACACAAAUAUUUCCUGAUCUUUCUUUUAUCUCCUAGAUACAGGACACACUUCAAAACAUUAUUCCUUAUGAUAAAUUUUUUGACUGUCUUUUUUGCCAUUUAUGAAUGUAAUUCAAUGCGUUUCUAUGGGCUACAGUAGUAAAGGCCAAAUUCUAAACUUUAUCAAAUUCUUUGUAUUUUUUGUAUAUAUACCUAAAGGGGUCCUAAAAUUCUAAAUCAAAUUGCUAAAUGAUCCGUGGUAUGACCAUCCUAAAACAGUUAACAUGUGACAUCAAUAAGGGAUCAUAGCUUUCACCUGGAUUCCCCUGCUCAGUCUGUCAUGGAAAGAGCACUACCACUGGUCCAUAGGGCUCUGGUGAAAAGGAGGGGACUAUGUAGGACGGGGUUCUCCAACUGGCCACCCACAAGCUGAAUUUGGCACGUGGGUGAUUUUAUUUGGCCCCCAAGUUUUCGGAGCACUUAAAAUAAAUUAUAUGUAUACUCAUUCAAGGUUUUUUUUUUUUUUUUUUUUUACUAUAUUCUACAUUGUAGAAAUAAUAGUGAAGACAUCAAAACUAUGAAAUAACACACAUGGAAUCAUGUAGUAACCAAAAAAAGUGUUAAACAAAUCUAAAUAUAUUUUAUAUUUGAGAUUCUUCAAAUAGCCACCCUUUGCCUUGAUGACAGCUUUGCACACUCUUGGCAUUCUCUCAACCAGCUUCACCUGGAAUGCUUUUCCAACAGUCUUGAAGGAGUUCCCACAUAUGCAGUCCCCUGUAGCUCAGUUGGUAGAGCAUGGCGCUUGCAACGCCAGGGUUGUGGGUUCGUUUCCCACGGGGGGCCAGUAUGAAAAUGUAUGCACUCACUAACUGUAAGUCGCUCUGGAUAAGAGCGUCUGCUAAAUGACUAAAAUGUAAAUGUUUAAAAUGCUGAGCACUUGUUGGCUGCUUUUCCUUCACUCUGUGAUCCGACUCAUCCCAAAUCAUCUCAAUUGGGUUGAGGUCAGGGAAUUGUGGAGGCCAGGUCAUCUGAUGCAGCUCUCCAUCACUCUCCUUCUUGGCAAAAUAGCCCUUACACAGCCUGGAGGUGUGUUGGGUCAUUGUCCUGUUGAAAAACAAAUGAUAGUCCCACUAAGCCCAAACGAGAUGGGAUGGCGUAUCGCUGCAGAAUGCUGUGGUAGCCAUGCUGGUUAAGUGUGCCUUGAAUUCUAAAUCAAAUCAAAUCAAAUGUUAUUUGUCACAUACACGUGUUUAGCAGAUGUUAUAGCGGGUGUAGUGAAAUGCUUGUGCUUCUAGCUCCGACAGUGCAGUAAUAUCUAACAAGUAAUAUCUAACAAUUUCACAACAUAUACCCAAAACACACAAAACUAGUAAGGAAUGGGAUUUAAAAAUAUAUACAUAUAUGGACAAGAUUUGACAGAGCGGCAUGGACUAAGAUACAGUAGAAUAUUAUAGAAUACAGUAUAUACAUAUGAGAUGAGUAGUCCAAGAUAUGUAAACAUUAUAACAUUAUUAAAGUGACUAGUGUUCCAUUUCUUAAAGUGGCCAGUGAAUGUGCUAGUGAAGGCUAUUUAACAGUCUGAUGGCCUUGAGAUAGAAGCUGUUUUGUAUUGACCUCGCCUUCUGAAUGAUAGCGGGGUGAACAGGCAGUGGCUCGGGUGGUUGAUGUCCUUGAUGAUCUUUUUGGCCUUCCUGUGACAUCUGGUGCUGUAUGUGUCUUGGAGGGCGGGUAGUUUGCCCACGGUAAUGCGUUCGGCAGACCAUACCACCCUCUGGAGAGCCUUGCGGUUGUGGGCGGUGCAGUUGCCGUACAAGGUGGUGAUACAGCCCGACAGGAUGCUCUCAAUUGUGCAUCUGUAAAAGUUUGUGAGGGUUUUACGUGCUAAGCCGAAUUUCUUCAGCCUCCUGAGGUUGAAGAGGCUCUGUUGCGCUUUCUUCACCACACUGUCUGUGUGGGUGGACCAUUUCAGUUUGUCGGUGAUGUGUACGCCAAGGAACUUGAAGCUUUCCACUUUCUCCACUGCGGUCCCGUCGAUGUGGAUAGGUGUGGUGCACCCUCUGCUGUUUCCUGAAGCCCAUGAUCAUCUCCUUUGUUUUGUUUUGUUGAUGUUGAGUGAGAGGUUAUUUUCCUGGCACCACACUCCCAGAGCCCUCACCUCCUCCCUGUAGGCGGUCUCGUCAUUGUUGGUAAUCAAGCCUACUACUGUUGUGUCGUCUGCAAACUUGAUGAUUGAGUUGGAGGCGUGCUUGGCCACGCAGUCAUGGGUGAACAGGGAGUACAGGAGGGGGCUGAGCACGCACCCUUGUGGGGCCACAGUGUUGAGGAUCAGCAAAGUGGAGAUGUUGUUUCCUACCUUCACCACCUGGGGGCGGCCCGUCAGGAAGUCCAGGACCCAGUUGCACAGGGCGGGGUUCAGACCCAGGGCCUCGAGCUUAAUGAUGAGCUUGGAGGGUACUAUGGUGUUGAAUGCUGAACUAUAGUCAAUGAACAGCAUUCUUACAUAGGUAUUCCUUUUGUCCAGAUGGGAUAGGGCAGUGUGCAGUGUGAUGGCGAUUGCAUCGUCUGUGGAUCUAUUGGGUCGGUAAGCAAAUUGAAGUGGGUCUAUGGUGACAGGUAAGGUAGAGGUGAUAUGAUCUUUGACUAGUCUCUCAAAGCACUUCAUGAUGACAGAGGUGAGUGCUACAGGGCGAUAGUCAUUUAGUUCAGUUACCUUUGCUUUCUUGGGUACAGGAAUAAUGGUGGCCAUCUUGAAGCAUGUGGGAACAGCAGACUGGGAAAGGGAGAGAUUGAAUAUGUCCAUAAACACACCAGCUAGCUGGUCUGCGCAUGCUCUGAGGACACGGCUAGGGAUGCCGUCUGGGCAGGCAGCCUUGCGGGGGUUAACAUGCUUAAAUUUCUUAAUCACGUCAGCCAUUGAGAAGGAGAGGCCACAGUCCUUGGUAGUGUGCCUCGUCAGUGGCACUGUGUUAUCCUCAAAGCGGGCAAAGAAGGUGUUUAGCUUGUCUGGAAGCGAGAUGUCGGCGUCGGCAACGUGGCUGGUUUUCCUUUUGUAGUCCGUGAUUGUCUGUAGAUCCUGCCACAUACGUCUCGUGUCUGAGCCGUUGAAUUGCGACUCCACUUUGUCUCCAUACUGAUGUUUUGCCAGUUUAAUUGCUUGCGGAGUGAGUAGCUACACUGUUUGUAUUCUGCCAUAUUCCCAGUCACCUUGCCAUGGUUGAAUGCGGUGGUUCGCGCUUUCAGAUUUGCGCGAAUGCUGCCAUCUAUCCACGGUUUCUGGUUUGGGUAGGUUUUAAUAGUCACAGUGGGCACAACAUCACCUAUACACUUCUUGAUAAACCCAGUCACUGUUUCAGUGUAUAUGUCUAAAUUAUUUUCGGAAGCUACCCGGAACAAAUCCCAGUCCGCGUGAUCAAAACAAUCUUGAAGCGUGGAUUCCGAUUGGUCAGACCAGCGUUGAAUAGUCCUUAGCACGGGUACUUCCUGUUUGAGUUUCUGCCUAUAGGAAGGGAGAAGCAAAAUGGAGUCGUGGUCAGAUUUGCCGAAAGGAGGGCGGGGGAGGGCCUUAUAACCAUCCCGGAAGUUCGAAUAACAAUGGUCGAGGAUCUUGGCAGCGCGAGUACAACAGUCGAUAUGUUGAUAGAAUUUCUGCAGCCUAGUCCUCAAAUUUGCUUUGUUAAAAUCCCCGGCAACAAUAAAUGCAGCCUCAGGAUAUGAGGUUUCCAGUUUGCAUAAGGUCCAGUGAAGUUCUUUGAGGGCCGUCGUGGUAUCGGCUUGAGGGGGGAUAUACACGGCCGUGACUAUAACCAAAGAAAAUUCUCUUGGGAGAUAAUAUGGUCGGCAUUUGAUUGUGAGAUAUUCUAGGUCGGGUGAACAGAAGGACUCAAGUUCCUCUAUGUUACUACAAUUACACCAUGAGUCAUUAAUCAUGAAACCCCCACCUCCGCCCUUCUGCUUCCCGGAGAGAUAUUUAUUCCUGUCUGCGCGAUGAACUGAGAACCCAUCUGGCUGGACCGAUUCCGACAGAAUAUCCCAAGAGAGCCAUGUUUCCGUGAAACAAAGUAUGUUACAGGCCUUGAUGUCUGUAAAUCACAGACGGUGUCAUCAGCAAAGCACCCCCACACCAUAACACCACCACCUCCAUGCUUUACGGUGGGAACUACACAUGCAGAGAUCAUCCGUUCAUCCACACCGCGUCUCACAAAAAUCUCCAAUUUAGACUCCAGACCAAAGAACAAAUUUCCACUGGUGUAAUGUCCAAUGCUCGUGUUUCUUGGCCCAAGCAGGUCUCUUCUUCUUAUUGGUGUUCUUUAGUAGUGGUUUCUUUGCAGCAAUUCGACCAUGAAGGCCUGAUUCACUCAGUCUCCUCUGAACAGUUGAUGUUGAGAUGUGUCUGUUACAUGAACUCUGUGAAGCAUUUAUUUGGGCUGCAAUUUCUGAGGCUGGUAACUCUAAUGAACUUAUCCUCUGCAGCAGAGGUAACUCUGGGUCUUCCUUUCCUGUGGCGGUCCUCAUGAGAGCCAGUUUCAUCAUAGCGCCUGAUGGUUUUUGCAACUGUACUUUAAGAAACUUUAAAAGUUCUUGAAAUGUUCCGUAUUGACUGACCUUCAUGCCUUAAAGUAAUGAUGGACUGUCGUUUCUCUUUGCUUAUUUGAGCUGUUCUUGCCAUAAUAUGGACUUGGUCUUUUACCAAAUAGGGCUAUCUUCUGUAUACCCCCCUACCUUGUCACAACACAACUGAUUGGCUCAAAUGCAUUAAUACACACCUGUUAAUUGAAAUGCAUUCCAGGUGACUACCUCAUGAAGCUAGUUGAGAGAAUGCCAAGAGUGCGCAAAGCUGUCAUCAAGGCAAAGGGUGGCUACUUUGAAGAAUCUCAAAUAUAAAAUAUGUUUUGAUUUGUUUUACACUUUUUUGGUUACUACAUGAUUCCAUAUGUGCUAUUUCAUAGUUUUGAUGUCUUCACUAUUAUUUUGCAUUGUAGAAAAUAGUACAAAUAAAGAAAAACCCUUCAAUGAGUAGGUGUGUCCAAACUUGACUGGUACUGUGUAUAUAUAAAUGUUUAUUGUUGCACAUAAAAGACUGUAGAAAUACCAGAAAAUCAGCUCCAAGUGAUUUGAAUUUUGGGAAUCUGUUCUAAAGUAUUCCCAUGCAUAAUAGAGAUACAUGUGAUCAUAUACAAGGUUUGUUUGUAAGCAAGGUUUGAAAUGAUUGUUUUAGUCAAAUAUUAUUUCUGCUUCUUGCGGUCUAUUUGUAGUAUACACAUUUAUUUGUAAUUAUGUUCCUGACCAUCCGUUCAAGAAAACAAUCGGCCAGCGGCUGACUCUAGUUGAUGAUCCCUGAUGUAGGGAACUAUUUGGAAAGGAAGGAAAAUGUAAAGGGGGAUACCUCGUCAGUUGUACAACUGAAUGCGUUCAACUGAAAUGUGUCUUCUGCAUUUAACCCAACCCCUCUGAAUCAGAGCGGUGUGAGGGGCUGCCUUGAUCGACAUCCACUUCAUCGGUGCCCGGGGAGCAGUUGUGGUGGGGGUUAACUGCCUUGCUCAAGGGUAGAACGGCAGAUUUUUCCACCUUGCCGGCUCGGGGAUUCGAUCCAGCGACCUUUCUGUUACUGGCCCAACGCUCUCUGCCGCCCCUCAACUGGGAUCUGUGUCUACUGGCAUAUUUCUAGCUAUCUAGAUCUGUUAACACCAUCUUCCCUUUCUCUCUCUGUACUCUCUCUGCAGGUGAUCUACAACUCAUUUGGAGGCACCUCUAAAGGACUGCACUUUAACAACCUCAUCAUUGGCCUGGUGCUGCUGACCAGAGGACGAGAUGAGGAGAAGGCCAAGUGUAUGUUCUCUCCCCCCCUCUCCCCCCUCUCAUCCUCUCUCUCCCCCUCUCAUCCUCUCUCUCCCCCUCUCAUCCUCUCUCCCCCUCUCAUCCCCUCUCAUCCUCUCUCCCCCUCUCAUCCUCUCUCCCCCUCAUCCUCUCUCCCCCUCAUCCUCUCUCCCCCUCUCAUCCUCUCUCCCCCUCUCAUCCUCUCUCCCCCUCAUCCUCUCUCAUCCUCUCUCCCCCUCAUCCUCUCUCACCCUCUCUCUCCCCCUCUCAUCCUCUCUCCCCCUCUCAUCCUCUCUCUCCCCCUCUCAUCCUCUCUCCCCCUCAUCCUCUCUCAUCCUCCUCUCUCCCCCUCAUCCGCUCUCUCCCCCUCAUCCGCUCUCUCCCCCUCAUCCUCUCUCUCCCCCUCAUCCUCUCUCAUCCUCUCUCUCUCUCCCCCCGCUAUCUCUCUCUGAGUGAUGUUUGGGAUUGAUGCGUGUGAGGCAGCAGAGAGCCAAGGCCAUGCUGACCCUGCUGCCUGCCACUGAUAAGACCAGCCUGCCUGCCAGGAUGAACUAACCAACAGUGUGUGUCCCACCACAGACCUCUUCAGCCUGUUUGCCAGUGAGUCGGGCGGCUAUGCGGCACGGGACGACAUGGAGGCCGUACUACGGGCGGUGGACGGGGAAGUCCCGCCCUCUCUCAGGAAGUGCUUCAGCGAGGUCAGUCACCUGUCAAUCACCCAGACCAACACUUUGACUGACACACAACACACUCUCCAUCUGGGGUUGGACCACACACACUGCUGUUAUUGGCUUUAAACACACACACACGUAUGUAUUUACACAAUACACACCUCCAAGAAUCCAAUCUCAUUAGCAAACUUCAGAUUGCUCCUUUAACAUAAAAACACCAAGCUUGUUACCGCCAUAUCAUGCUCCAUAACAGCAGCAUGUGUUGGAAUAGAAAGGAACUCCAAUAAAGGGGCAAAAGGAACUCCAUAACAGCAGCAUGUGGAAUAGAAAGGAACUCCAUAACAGCAGCAUGUUGGAAUAGAAAGGAACUCCAUAACAGCAGCAUGUUGGAAUAGAAAGGAACUCCAUAACAGCAGCAUGUUGGAAUAGAAAGGAACUCCAUAACAGCAGCAUGUUGGAAUAGAAAGGAACUCCAUAACAGCAGCAUGUUGGAAUAGAAAGGAACUCCAUAACAGCAGCAUGUUGGAAUAGAAAGGAACUCCAUAACAGCAGCAUGUUGGAAUAGAAAGGAACUCCAUAACAGCAGCAUGUUGGAAUAGAAAGGAACUCCAUAACAGCAGCAUGUUGGAAUAGAAAGGAACUCCAUAACAGCAGCAUGUUGGAAUAGAAAGGAACUCCAUAACAGCAGCAUGUUGGAAUAGAAAGGAACUCCAUAACAGCAGCAUGUUGGAAUAGAAAGGAACUCCAUAACAGCAGCAUGUUGGAAUAGAAAGGAACUCCAUAACAGCAGCAUGUUGGAAUAGAAAGGAACUCCAUAAUGAUAUAAUAAUAAUAAUAAUAAUAAUAAUAAUAAUAUGCCACUUAGCAGACGCUUUUAUCCAAAGCGACUUACAGUCAUGUGCGCAUACAUUUUUACGUAUGGGGUGGUCCCGGGGAUCGAACUUACUACCUUGGCGUUACAAGCGCCGUGCUCUACCAGCUGAGCUACAGAGGACCCACAGUGGCAUGUGUUGGAAUAGAAAGUCAUUCAGUAGUUGGGGUGGACAGUAGGUUCUCUUAACUGGAUUAGAAGGGGCUUUUCAGAUUUAGGUUGGAUCUCCCUCAGCGGCAGGUUAGUCUUAGCUAGCUCUGGGCCACUCUCUCUUAUAGUUCACCAUGACUAGAAAUACAUGUUAUUAGUCUGUAGAACAGCCAUAGACCUUCCCUUGUAGCCUGUUAAGUAUUGUUAUGCCAGUGUCUGUCUGUCUGACACCCCUGCCCUAUUGGGAACCAGCGGGAGGUUGCGAGGCUAACUGUUUGGGUAACUGUCUGUGUACUGUUUGGUGCCAGGUAGGGCAGCUUAUCGUUGGCUUUGACAAACUUACUGACCCCCUGUUCUGUCUACUGGUACUAUCGUUAAUCUGCAGUUCAAACAAUAAAAAAUCAAUAGGGUAGGGCAUUCAUUGCCCCUUUAUCUGAGUCCACUGUUUCCAUUCUUGAGUGUGUUUGGUAAGUGGAAGAGGCACACAGGCUGGCAGCCAUGUUGAACCUGUGGGAGAGGCACACAGGCUGGCAGCCAUGUUGAACCUGUGGUAGAGGCACACAGGCUGGCAGCCAUGUUGAACCUGUGGUAGAGGCACACAGGCUGGCAGCCAUGUUGAACCUGUGGUAGAGGCACACAGGCUGGCAGCCAUGUUGAACCUGUAGAAGAGGCACACAGGCUGGCAGCCAUGUUGAACCUGUGGUAGAGGCACACAGGCUGGCAGCCAUGUUGAACCUGUGGGAGAGGCACACAGGCUGGCAGCCAUGUUGAACCUGUGGGAGAGGCACACAGGCUGGCAGCCAUGUUGAACCUGUGGAAGAGGCACACAGGCUGGCAGCCAUGUUGAACCUGUGGAAGAGGCACACAGGCUGGCAGCCAUGUUGAACCUGUGGAAGAGGCACACAGGCUGGCAGCCAUGUUGAACCUGUGGUAGAGGCACACAGGCUGGCAACCAUGUUGAACCUGUGGGAGAGGCACACAGGCUGGCAGCCAUGUUGAACCUGUGGGAGAGGCACACAGGCUGGCAGCCAUGUUGAACCUGUGGGAGAGGCACACAGGCUGGCAGCCAUGUUGAACCUGUGGGAGAGGCACACAGGCUGGCAGCCAUGUUGAUGGUGUUGAACAGGCUUGUUCUGUCAUGGUCCAGAUCCGUAGCUCUGCAUGUUCCCAUCACUGCCUGUCAGCACCGCUCACUAAACACAUGAACAUCUUACACUGGAAAAACUGUGUGUUUGUGCAUGAAUAAGAUGAUAUGUUUUCAUUGUAUAUUUAAGCAAUAACGCCCGAGGGGGUGUGGUAAAUGGCCAAUAUACCACAGCUAAGGGUUGAUCUUAUGCACGACGCAACGUGGAGUGCCUGGACACAGCCCUUAGCCGUGGUAUAUUGGCCGUAUAUCACAAACCCCCGAUGUUCCUUAUUGCUAUUAUAAACUGGUUGCCAACGUAAUUAGAGCAGUAAAACUAAAUGUUUUGUCAUACCCGUGGUACACGGUCUGAUAUACCAUGGCUUUCAGCCAAUCAGAAUUCAGGGCUCAAACCACCCAGUUUAAAAUUGUUUGUAACUAAUGUGUAACUCUAUUGGCCAAUGACACCUCCACAAUACACUGUGACAUAAACGCUACUCUGUGUCCGUCUCCACAACAAUACACUGUGACAUAAACGCUACUCUGUGUCCGUCUCCCCAACAAUACACUGUGACAUAAACUCUACUCUGUGUCCGUCUCCACAAACAAUACACUGUGACAUAAACGCUACUCUGUGUCCGUCUCCCCAAACUAUCCACUGUGACAAAACGCUACUCUGUGUCCGUCUCCCCCCAACAUACACUGUGACAUAAACGCUACUCUGUGUCCGUCUCCACAACAAUACACUGUGACAUAAACGCUACUUCUGUGUCCGUCUCCCAACCUAUACACUGUGACAUAAACGCUACUCUGUGUCCGUCUCCCCAACAAUACACUGUGACAUAAACGCUACUCUGUGUCCGUCUCCCCAACAAUACACUGUGACAUAAACGCUACUCUGUGUCCGUCUCCACAAUACACUGUGACAUAAACGCUACUCUGUGUCCGUCUCCACAACAAUACACUGUGACAUAAACGCUACUCUGUGUCCGUCUCCACAACAAUACACUGUGACAUAAACGCUACUCUGUGUCCGUCUCCCCAACAAUACACUGUGACAUAAACGCUACUCUGUGUCCGUCUCCCCAACAAUACACUGUGACAUAACGCUACUCUGUGGUCCGUCUCCACAACAAUACACUGUGACAUAAACACUACUCUGUGUCCGUCUCCCCAACUAUACACUGUGACAUAAACGCUACUCUGUGUCCGUCUCCCCAACAAUACACUGUGACAUAAACGCUACUCUGUGUCCGUCUCCACAACAAUACACUGUGACAUAAACGCUACUCUGUGUCCGUCUCCACAACAAUACACUGUGACAUAAACGCUACUCUGUGUCCGUCUCCACAACAAUACACUGUGACAUAAACGCUACUCUGUGUCCGUCUCCACAACAAUACACUGUGACAUAAACGCUACUCUGUGUCUGUCUCCCCAACAAUACACUGUGACAUAAACGCUACUCUGUGUCCGUCUCCCCAACAAUACACUGUGACAUAAACGCUACUCUGUGUCCGUCUCCACAACAAUACACUGUGACAUAAACGCUACUCUGUGUCCGUCUCCACAACAAUACACUGUGACAUAAACACUACUCUGUGUCCGUCUCCACAACAAUACACUGUGACAUAAACGCUACUCUGUGUCCGUCUCCCCAACUAUACACUGUGACAUAAACGCUACUCUGUGUCCGUCUCCCCAACAAUACGCUGUGACAUAAACGCUACUCUGUGUCCGUCUCCAAAACAAUACACUGUGACAUAAACACUACUCUGUGUCCGUCUCCCCAACAAUACACUGUGACAUAAACACUACUCUGUGUCCGUCUCCCCAACAAUACACUGUGACAUAAACGCUACUCUGUGUCCGUCUCCACAACUAUACUAUUUUCUCAAGUACUCACCCGUUAAGUAUUUAGCGACCCACCUAGCUGCCAACUUAAUGCUUUGUUGAUGAUGUGUUUGUUUGUUUGUCUAAGGGGGAGAAAGUCAACUAUGAGUGCUUUAAGAACUGGCUCCUUCAGAACAAGGAGGCGUUCACCUUUUCCCGUUGGCUGCUCUCCGGGGGCGUGUGCGUCACCCUCACAGACGACAGCGACACACCCACCUUCUACCAGACUCUGGCCGGAGUCACACACUGUGAGUGACCCCCCCCCCAAAAAACAGUGAUAUUUUACCUGUCCGUUUUUAAUCGGUGCACAUAUUUAUUGUUAUUUGGUAUUUGUCACCCUCUCUCACAUUCUCUUUCUGGCUUUCAAGUCCUUCUCUCUUUCGCUGUCAAUUGGAAAGCAAUAUCUUACAUGUUGCUGUGUCCCAGUCUUAGACCAAUCAAAGAUCUUAGCUGCUUUCUAUCCUGAGACGAAUCAGAGAGCAGGAGAGAUCUUUGCUACCAAUCAGAGAGAGUACCUUCAGAUGGCUCGUAAUCUGCUGCUGCCCACUCCCAGAUUAUCCUCUUAACUCUGUGAGCGGUGUGUGUGAGUGCAGGUGUUUUGUGUGCACGCUCUGGCCGUGAGGCGUGCACUAUCCGUGCAUGGACUUUCCAGAACAUGCCUUACCUACGCAAUCACCUCACUCUUGGCUGAGACGCACGUGGACCAUCACCGACCGGACACACACAACAGAAGCCAUGGCGGACUAACAGUCUUCUUGUUGUUGGCCGGGAUAUUAUUGGAAUACUAUUGGAACAGGAUGGCAUGAGUUGUCGUGGUGUGUUUUCCUGAGCUGUUAGCCGUGUGUGUGUGGAGUCUACUAUGGUACACGCCAGUCCUGUCGGCACGUCCCCGGGCAUGUGUGGUGGAAUAUGGUUUGGUACCUCUGUUGCCACUCCGACAGAGUCGCACCUCUAGGUGGGUACUGGGCACGCCGCUGGACCUCUGUAGUUGAGGUCCGCAUCCCAAAGGGCACCCUCUUCCCUAUGAAGUGUACUAUAUAGGGAAUAGGGUGCCAUUUGGGACACUACUAGGAAGUGGUCAACGCUGACAAGUGUGUCUUUUCAAUGAAGCGAUAGUUGGAGUGAGUUAGUGGUUGUACUUGCUGUGUAAUCCUCUCCCUCUCCCUGUCUUCCAGAUUGUGGAAGUGUAAAUUGGAGGUGUUUUGUGUGAACUCACUUGCCGUUUGUCAUGAGACCCAAACGCAGAAUGCCAAUCAUUUCUCUCUGUGUGUCUAGCUACUCAGUGAUGGAGAUGUAGCCUCUUGUUUAAGAACAAGUCUGUAUUUUAAACAGACUCCAACAGCAAGCUCUAGCCGUUUUUAAAGAGAUCAGUCUCAACCAGCCAGUACUGUCCUGAAACAGCCUAGCGGUUAAUCUAGCGUGCUAAUUUAAGGGGGGUGUCCCAAAUGGCACCCUAUUCCCUACUCAGUCAGUGAGCUAGCUAACGAGGGGAUCGGACGUGUCCUGGAUUCAGUCAGUGAGCUAGCUAACGAGGGGAUCGGACGUGUCCUGGAUCCAGUCAGUGAGCUAGCUAACGAGGGGAUCGGACGUGUCCUGGAUUCAGUCAGUGAGCUAGCUAACGAGGGGAUCGGACGUGUCCUGGAUUCAGUCAGUGAGCUAGCUAACGAGGGGAUCGGACGUGUCCUGGAUUCAGUCAGUGAGCUAGCUAACGAGGGGAUCGGACAUGUCCUGGAGUCAGUCAGUGAGCUAGCUAACGAGGGGAUCGGACGUGUCCUGGAUUCAGUCAGUGAGCUAGCUAACGAGGGGAUCGGACGUGUCCUGGAUCCAGUCAGAGAGCUAGCUAACGAGGGGAUCAGACAUGUCCUGGAUCCAGUCAGUGAGCUAGCUAACGAGGGGAUCGGACAUGUCCUGGAGUCAGUCAGUGAGCUAGCUAACGAGGGGAUCGGACAUGUCCUGGAUCCAGUCAAUGAGCUAGCUAACGAGGGGAUCGGACAAGUCCUGGAUCCAGUCAGUGAGCUAGCUAACGAGGGGAUCGGACAUGUCCUGGAUCCAGUCAGUGAGCUAGCUAACGAGGGGAUCAGACAUGUCCUGGAUCCAGUUAGUGAGCUAGCUAACGAGGGGAUCGGACAUGUCCUGGAUCCAGUCAGUGAGCUAGCUAACGAGGGGAUCGGACAUGUCCUGGAUCCAGUCAGUGAGCUAGCUAACGAGGGGAUCGGACAUGUCCUGGAUCCAGUCAGUGAGCUAGCUAACGAGGGGAUCUGACAUGUCCUGGAUUCAGUCAGUGAGCUAGCUAACGAGGGGAUCGGACAUGUCCUGGAUCCAGUCAGUGAGCUAGCUAACGAGGGGAUCUGACAUGUCCUGGAGUCAGUCAGUGAGCUAGCUAACGAGGGGAUCGGACAAGUCCUGGAUCCAGUCAGUGAGCUAGCUAACGAGGGGAUCGGACAUGUCCUGGAUCCAGUCAGUGAGCUAGCUAACGAGGGGAUCAGACAUGUCCUGGAUCCAGUUAGUGAGCUAGCUAACGAGGGGAUCAGACAUGUCCUGGAUCCAGUCAGUGAGCUAGCUAACGAGGGGAUCUGACAUGUCCUGGAUCCAGUCAGUGAGCUAGCUAACGAGGGGAUCGGACAUGUCCUGGAUCCAGUCAGUGAGCUAGCUAACGAGGGGAUCGGAUAUGUCCUGGAGCCAGUCAGUGAGCUAUCUAGUGAGGGGAUGAGACAUGUCCUGGAGCCAGUCAGUGAGCUAUCUAGUGAGGGGAUGAGACAUGUCCUGGAGUCAGUCAGUGAGCUAUCUAGUGAGGGGAUGAGACAUGUCCUGGAGCCAGUCAGUGAGCUAUCUAGUGAGGGGAUGAGACAUGUCCUGGAGCCAGUCAGUGAGCUAUCUAGUGAGGGGAUGAGACAUGUCCUGGAGCCAGUCAGUGAGCUAUCUAGUGAGGGGAUGAGACAUGUCCUGGAGUCAGUCAGUGAGCUAUCUAGUGAGGGGAUGAGACAUGUCCUGGAGCCAGUCAGUGAGCUAUCUAGUGAGGGGAUGAGACGUCCUGGAGUCGAUCCAUAGGAACGGUAAUGAGUUUUCUAGAUUAGCAGUGUCAGGCAGGCUGCAGCAGCAGCCCUGAGUAAUGACACACAGCAACAAGAUGAGCAGGUAUUUAUUCCCCCUCAGCUCUGCUUUCCUCACAAGUCCCUACCUGGCCUUACCACUGUACUAAUCACCGCUAGGCUCUGUUCGCUAGUCCCUACCUGGCCUUACCACUGUACUAAUCACCGCUAGGCUCUGUUCGCUAGUCCAUACCAGGCCUUACCACUGCACUAAUCACCGCUAGGCUCUGUUCGCUAGUCCAUACCAGGCCUUACCACUGCACUAAUCACCGCUAGGCUCUGUUCGCUAGUACUUACCAGGCCUUACCACUGCACUAAUCACCGCUAGGCUCUGUUCGCUAGUACAUACCAGGCCUUACCACUGCACUAAUCACCGCUAGGCUCUGUUCGCUAGUCCUUACCACUGCACUAAUCACCGCUAGGCUCUGUUCGCUAGUACUUACCACUGCACUAAUCACCGCUAGGCUCUGUUCGCUAGUACUUACCAGGCCUUACCACUGCACUAAUCACCGCUAGGCUCUGUUCGCUAGUCCUUACCACUGCACUAAUCACCGCUAGGCUCUGUUCGCUAGUCCUUACCAGGCCUUACCACUGCACUAAUCACCGCUAGGCUCUGUUCGCUAGUCCCAGGCCUUACCACUGCACUAAUCACCGCUAGGCUCUGUUCGCUAGUCCUUACCACUGCACUAAUCACCGCUAGGCUCUGUUCGCUAGUCCUUACCACUGCACUAAUCACUGCUAGUCCAUACCAGUCCUUACCACUGCACUAAUCACCGCUAGGCUCUGUUCGCUAGUCCUUACCACUGCACUAAUCACCGCUAGGCUCUGUUCGCUAGUCCUUACCACUGCACUAAUCACUGCUAGUCCAUACCAGGCCUUACCACUGCACUAAUCACUGCUAGUCCAUACCAGUCCUUACCACUGCACUAAUCACUGCUAGGCUCUGUUCGCUAGUCCUUACCACUGCACUAAUCACUGCUAGUCCAUACCAGUCCUUACCACUGCACUAAUCACCGCUAGGCUCUGUUCGCUAGUCCUUACCACUGCACUAAUCACCGCUAGGCUCUGUUCGCUAGUCCUUACCACUGCACUAAUCACUGCUAGUCCAUACCAGGCCUUACCACUGCACUAAUCACUGCUAGUCCAUACCAGUCCUUACCACUGCACUAAUCACCGCUAGGCUCUGUUCGCUAGUCCUUACCACUGCACUAAUCACCGCUAGGCUCUGUUCGCUAGUCCAUACCAGUCCUUACCACCGCACUAAUCACUGCUAGUCCAUACCAGUCCUUACCACUGCACUAAUCACUGCUAGUCCAUACCAGUCCUUACCACUGCACUAAUCACCGCUAGGCUCUGUUCGCUAGUCCUUACCACUGCACUAAUCACCGCUAGGCUCUGUUCGCUAGUCCAUACCAGUCCUUACCACUGCACUAAUCACUGCUAGUCCAUACCAGUCCUUACCACUGCACUAAUCACUGCUAGUCCAUACCAGUCCUUACCACUGCACUAAUCACUGCUAGUCCAUACCAGUCCUUACCACUGCACUAAUCACUGCUAGUCCAUACCAGUCCUUACCACUGCACUAAUCACUGCUAGUCCAUACCAGGUCCUUACCACUGCACUAAUCACCGCUAGGCUCUGUUCGCUAGUCCUUACCACUGCACUAAUCACCGCUAGGCUCUGUUCGCAGUCCUACAGUCCUUACCCACUGCACUAAUCCACUGCUAGUCCAUACCGUCCUACCACUGCACUAAUCACUGGCUAGUCCAUACCAGUCCUUACCACUGCACUAAUCAACUGCUAGUCCAUACCAGUCCUUACCACUGCACUAAUCACUGCUAGUCCAUAUCAGUCCUUACCACUGCACUAAUCACUGGCUAGUCCAUAUCCGUCCUUACCACUGCACUAAUCACCCGUAGGCUCGUUCGCUAGUCCUACCAACUGCACUAAUCACCGCUAGGACUCUGUUCGCUAGUCCAUACCAGUCCUUACCACUGCACUAAUUCACUGCUAGUCCAUACCAGUCCCUUACCACUGCACUAAUCAAUGCUAGUCAUACCAGUCCUUACCACUGCACUAAUCAUGCUAGUCCAUUACAGUCCCUUACCACUGCACUAAUCACUGCUAGUCCACCCAGUCCUUACCACUGCACUAAUCACUGCUAGUCCCAUACCAGUCUUACCACUGCACUAUCACUGCUAGUCCAUACCAGUCCUUACCACUGCACUAAUCACUGCCUAGUCCAUACAGUCCUUACCACUGCAACUAAUCAUGCUAGUCCAUACCAGCCUUACCACUGCACUAAUCACCGCUAGGCUCUUUCGCUAUUCCAUACCAGUCCUUACCACAUGCACUAAUCACCGCUAGUCCAUACCAGUCCUUACCGUACCACUGCACUAAUCACCGCUAGUCCCAUAACCAGGCCUUACCACUCACUAAUCCCCUAGGCCUUACCACUGCACUAAUCACCGACUAGGCUCUGUUCGCUAGUCCCAUACCAGUCCUUACCACUGCACUAAUUAUUUGCAGGCUCUGUUCGCUAGUCCCAUACCAGGCCUUACCACUGCACUAAUCACCGCUAGGCUCUGUUUCGCUAGUCCAUACCCAGCGCCUUCCACUCCCACUAAUCACCGCUUAGGCUUGUUCGCUAGUCCAUACCAGGGCCUUACCAAUGCACUAAUCACCGCCUUCGGCUACCCACGCUGGCCUGCGUUCAGUAAAUUAAAAAAACACAAAUAGCUUUCAUUCAUGUUUGUUUAGCGUUUGGGAUUGAUACACGGACUAUAUUGGUGUUCUCUCAGUGUUUCUGAAAGACCAGUUGGAGGACCUAAUUUUUGAGGUUUUAUUUAUAUUGCUAGGUGUGUGUGCGUAUGACGUGCAUGCGUGUUCGUGUUUGUUUAUGGAGGAUCUUGUGUUGUCCAGCUGCUCUACUCUUAAAGGGGCAUUCAAUCAGUCAGUGGCGCGCCCCACUACACACACCUGCCCCCCCACACGCCACACUAUGCUUCUCAAUUAUGAAUCUGUCCACCAUUACUUCCCCCAUGCCAUAUCCAUACCCUCUCUUCCUCUGUCUCCCUCUCUCUCUCCCCCCCCCCCCCCAGGUUAUGUUCUCGAUUAGUUGAAGUUUGAUGUUUCAGAGCAUCUCUCUGAGGAGGGUUAGGACUGAACGGAGGUAGAAAGGUUAUUGAACCAGAACCACUGAAGAAGCAGCUGGUGCUUAUUUCUUUCCAAUCAGUCUGCUUGGCAUCUCCACUUCUCUCUUUCUCCAUCUGUCUUCAGAAUGAACACACACACACACACACUCUCUCCACAGAGUCAACUGAACCCAGCUGAGGCGGGCUCUUUUAGGAAUUAACUUCAGGGGGCGGGAGAGAAGGAAAGAAAGAAAGAGCCACUUUCAAUCCACACACACAUUUACAUUUUAGUCAUUUUAGCAGACGCUCUUAUCCAGAGCGACUUAACAGUUAGUGAGUGCAUACAUUUUUCAUACUGCCCCCCCCCCCCCCCCCCCCCGUGGGAAACGAACCCACAACCCUGGCGUUGCAAGCGCCAUCCUCUACCAACUGAGCUGCAGCUUUCACUGCUAGGUUGAAGGGCUAGCCUGGAUAUAUUAUCCCCCGGUGGCAUCACUGUCUUAUUGACCCAUCAGUCUUAUAAAUGCAGACAGCAAACCAGGAUGUCAGUCUUAUAAGUGAGACUUAAGUGGUGGAAAUCCGGACUGUCUCCUCUCCUGCCAGAAAGUCAAUGUGACUUGAUCUGCAUCCCAAAUGACACCCUCUUCCCUAUAUAGUGCACUACAAAAUUAGUGCGCUAUAUAGGGUGCCAUUUUAAGGCAUGCAGUCUUGAUUUCUGUCUGUGUUUUGACACCUGCCUGACUGACAUGCAUGGGCUGGGUCAUGGGACAGUGUGGUGGAAAGGGAAGCCUGGGAUAGAAUGAGCUAGCGAGCCUUAGGCUAAUCCUAUUAGCGUAAAGCUGUGGAUCAGUGUGAUGAAAGGAGUGGGAGGAUGAACCCAGGGUCUCCGGCCCCUUUCUGGCUGGCAUGUUUCAUACUUAACAGUAGCUAUAUUAGUGCACUGUCUUUUAGGUUGAGUCAUGGUCUCAGCUCAAGACUAACCUGGAUAAACUAAAUCGCUUACGGAUAGUGUUGCAAAAUUCCGGUAACCAGAAUUCCCAGGUUUUCCAGAAAUCCCAGUAGGAAGAUUCCCGGAAUCAGGGAAUAAGCAGGAAAUCUGGAAUUCUGGAAUUUUGCAACCCUACUUAAAGAUCUGGGGCCAGGCUACUUGAGAGUACUACUUAAGACUACUAUCCUCUGUGCUGCUCGUUACAAAUCUGUCCAUAAUCCAAAUGUCCAUCAGAAUGGAAACAUGUUAACAUCAUCGACGUGGCUCCAAACAGUCCAUAAUCCAUAUUCCCAUCAGAAUGGAACCAUGAAAACACAUGACGUCAUCGGCAUGGCGCCAUAUCUUAGUCCAAGUCCAUAUAGUCCACUAUAGCACCAUGUAGAGAUGAACAGAAGCUGGGUGAAGAUCUACACUGUUGUUUCCUUUCCUUUUCUGUACUAGCACUGCUAGGGUCAUGUGAUUUGUGUUCUAGUAAGAAGAUGCUCAGCUAAUCUACAAAACACUCUCUAUGUUGGUUGCCAUUUUGAUUAUUUAAAAAGUGUUUUCUUCCUCUCCCCUCCUGCAGUAGAAGAGUCUGAUAUCAUUGACUUGGAGAAGCGCUACUGGCUGCUGAAAGCCCAGUCCAGGACCGGCCGCUUCGACUUGGAAACCUUUGUCCCGCUGGUCUCUCCUCCCAUUCACGCUUCGCUAAGUGAAGGUAUGUUCUCUCCUCCCAUUCACGCUUCGCUAAGUGAAGGUAUGUUCUCUCCUCCCAUUCACGCUUCGCUAAGUGAAGGUAUGUUCUCUCCUCCCAUUCACGCUUCGCUAAGUGAAGGUAUGUUCUCUCCUCCCAUUCACGCUUCGCUAAGUGAAGGUAUGUUCUCUCCUCCCAUUCACGCUUCGCUAAGUGAAGGUAUGUUCUCUCCUCCCAUUCACGCUUCGCUAAGUGAAGGUAUGUUCUCUCCUCCCAUUCACGCUUUGCUAAGUGAAGGUAUGUUCUCUCCUCCCAUUCAUGCUUCGCUAAGUGAAGGUAUGUUCUCUCCUCCCAUUCACGCUUCGCUAAGUGAAGUUAUGUAAUAUUUCUGAUGCCAGGUAGAUAUUAUGGGGACCUGGUAAACCUGUUGCCCCCAGCCAGACAGUCACCCAUGACCCAUGACAAAAUGAUGUUUAAAUGCCAUACUUUGUAUACGUACACUACCAGUCAAAAGUUUGGACACACCUACUCAUUCAAGGGUUUUUCUUUAUUUUUACUAUAUUCUACAUUGUACAAUAGUAGUGAAGACAUCAAAACUAUGAAAUAACACAUAUGGAAUCAUGUAGUAUCCCAAAAAGUGUUAAACAAAUCAAAAUAUAUUUUAUAUUUUGAGUUUCUUCAAAGUAGCCACCUUUGCCUUGAUGACAGCUUUGCACACUCUUGGCAUUCUCUCAACCAGCUUCAUGAGGUAUUCACCUGGAAUGCAUUUCAUUUACAUUUACAUUUACAUUUUAGUCAUUUAGCAGACGCUCUUAUCCAGAGCGACUUACAGGAGCAAUUAGGGUUAAGUGCCUUGCUCAAGGGCACAUUUACGUCAUUUAGCAGACGCUCUUAUCCAGAGCGACUCACAAAUUGGUGCGUUCACCCUAUAGCCGGGGGGGGGGGGGGGGGGGGUAGAAGGAUUACUUUAUCCUAUCCCAGGUAUUCCUUAAAGAGGUGGGGUUUCAAAUGUCUCCGGAAGGUGGUGAGUGACUCCGCUGUCCUGGCGUCGUGAGGGAGCUUGUUCCACCAUUGGGGUGCCAGAGCAGCGAACAGUUUUGACUGGGCUGAGCGGGAACUAUGCUUCCGCAGAGGAAGGGGAGCCAGCAGGCCAGAGGUGGAUGAACGCAAUGCCCUCGUUUGGGUGUAGGGACUGAUCAGAGCCUGAAGGUACAGAGGUGCCGUUCCCCUCACUGCUCCAUAGGCAAGCACCAUGGUCUUGUAGCGGAUGCGAGCUUCAACUGGAAGCCAGUGGAGUGUGCGGAGGAGGGGGGUGACGUGAGAGAACUUGGGAAGGUUGAACACCAGACGGGCUGCGGCAUUCUGGAUGAGUUGUAGGGGUUUAAUGGCACAGGCAGGGAGGCCAGCCAACAGCGAGUUGCAGUAGUCCAGACGGGAGAUGACAAGUGCCUGGAUUAGGACCUGUGCCGCUUCCUGUGUAAGGCAGGGUCGUACUCUCCGAAUGUUGUAGAGCAUGAACCUGCAGGAGCGGGUCACCGCCUUGAUGUUGGCGGAGAACGACAGGGUGUUGUCCAGGGUCACGCCUAGGCUCUUCGCACUCUGGGAGGAGGACACAGCGGAGUUGUCAACCGUGAUGGCGAGAUCAUGGAACGGGCAGUCCUUCCCCGGGAGGAAGAGCAGCUCCGUCUUGCCAGGGUUCAGCUUGAGGUGGUGAUCCGUCAUCCAUACUGAUAUGUCUGCCAGACAUGCAGAGAUGCGAUUCGCCACCUGGUUAUCAGAAGGGGGAAAGGAGAAGAUUAGUUGUGUAUUGUCAGCGUAGCAAUGAUAGGAGAGGCCAUGUGAGGAUAUGACAGAGCCAAGUGACUUGGUGUAUAGGGAGAAAAGGAGAGGGCCUAGAACUGAGCCCUGGGGGACACCAGUGGUGAGAGCACGUGGUGCGGAGACAGCUUCUCGCCACGCCACUUGGUAGGAGCGACCGGUCAGGUAGGACGCAAUCCAGGAGUGAGCCGCGCCGGAGAUGCCCAGCUCGGAGAGGGUGGAGAGGAGGAUCUGAUGGUUCACAGUAUCAAAGGCAGCAGACAGGUCUAGAAGGACAAGAGCAGAGGAGAGAGAGUUAGCUUUAGCAGUGCGGAGAGCCUCCGUGACACAGAGAAGAGCAGUCUCAGUUGAAUGACCAGUCCUGAAACCUGACUGGUUUGGAUCAAGAAGUUCAUUCUGACAAGAAGUUCAUUCUGAGAGAGAUAGCAAGAGAGUUGGCUAAAGAUGGCACGCUCAAUAGUUUUGGAAAGAAAAGAAAGAAGGGAUACUGGUCUGUAGUUGUUGACAUCAGUGGGAUCGAGUGUUGGUUUUUUGAGAAGGGGAGCAACUCUCGCUCUCUUGAAGACGGAAGGGACAUGGCCAGCGGUCAAGGAUGAGUUGAUCAGCGAGGUGAGGUAGGGGAGAAGGUCACCGGAGAUGGUCUGGAGAAGAGAGGAGGGGAUGGGGUCAAGCGGGCAGGUUGUUGGGCGGCCUGCAGUCACAAGUCGCAGGAUUUUAUCUGGAGAGAGAGGGGAGAAAGAAGUCAAAGCAUAGGGUAGGGCAGUGUGAGUAGGACCAGCAGUGUCAUUAGACUUAACAAAUGAGGAUCGAAUGUCGUCAACCUUCUUUUCAAAGUGGUUGACGAAGUCAUCCACAGAGAGAGAGGAGGGGGGGGGGGGAGGAUUCAGCAGGGAGGAAAAUGUGGCAAAGAGCUUCCUAGGGUUAGAGGCAGAUGCUUGGAAUUUAGAGUGGUAGAAAGUGGCCUUAGCAGCAGAAACAGAUGAAGAAAAUGUAGAGAGGAGGGAGUGAAAAGAUGCCAGGUCGGCAGGGAGUUUAGUUUUCUUCCAUUUCCGCUCCGCUGCCCGGAGCUCUGUUCUGUGAGCUCGCAAUGAGUCAUCAAGCCACGGAGCUGGAGGGGAGGACCGAGCCGGCCGGGAGGAUAGGGGACACAGAGAGUCAAAGGAUGCAGAAAGGGAGGAGAGGAGGGUUGAGGAGGCAGAAUCAGGAGAUUGGAGGGAGAAGGAUUGAGCAGAGGGAAGAGAUGAUAGGAUGGAAGAGGAGAGAGUAGUGGGAGAGAGAGAGCGAAGGUUGCGGCGGCGCAUUACCAUCUGUGUAGGGGCAGAGUGAGUAGUGUGGGAGGAGAGCGAGAGAGAAAAGGAAACAAAGUAGUGGUCGGAGACAUGGAGGGGAGUUGCAGUGAGAUUAGUAGAAGAGCAGCAUCUAGUAAAGAUGAGGUCAAGCGUAUUGCCUGCCUUGUGAGUAGGGGGGGACGGUUAGAGGGUGAGGUCAAAAGAGGAGAGGAGUGGAAAGAAGGAGGCAGAGAGAAAUGAGUCAAAUGUGGACAUAGGGAGGUUGAAAUCCCCCAAAACUGUGAGGGGUGAGCCAUCCUCAGGAAAGGAACUUAUCAAGGCGUCAAGCUCAUUGAUGAACUCUCCAAGGGAACCUGGAGGGCGAUAGAUGACAAGGAUAUUAAGCUUAAAUGGGCUAGUGACUGUGACAGCAUGGAAUUCAAAUGAGGAGAUAGACAGGUGGGUUAGGGGAAAAAUUGAGAAUGUCCACUUGGGAGAGAUGAGGAUUCCUGUGCCACCACCCCUCUGACCAGAUGCUCUCGGGGUAUGCGAGAACACAUGGUCAGACGAGGAGAGAGCAGUAGGAGUAGCAGUGUUUUCAGUGGUAAUCCAUGUUUCCGUCAGCGCCAGGAAGUCGAGGGACUGGAGAUUAGCAUAGGCUGGGAUGAAGUCAGCUUUGUUGGCAGCAGAACGGCAGUUCCAGAGGCUGCCUGAGACCUGGAACUCCAGGUGUGGGGUGCGUGCAGGGACCACCAGGUUAGAGAGGCAGCAGCCACGCGGUGUGGGGCGUUUGUGUAGCCUGUGCAGAGAGGAGAGAACAGGGAUAGGCAGAGGCAUAGUUGACAGGCUGUAGCAAAUGGCUACAAUAAUGCAGAGGAGAUCGGAAUGAAAUGAACUAAACAUCUGGGAGAGUAGAGAGCAGGGCCUCCCUCACCAAAUACUUCUACCUCAGAAACUAUAAUUGUUUCACUGAACCACCCGAACAAAAACUCUACCAACUUCCACCUUUAGAAAUCAGAAUUGUUGUGAACCACAGCGGUUCAAUGUUUAAAGGAAUAGACUCAACCCACUUUAUUCAGCUAGCUAACUAUGACACCAUAGCUAACUAGCAUGCUAGCAUCCAAAAACACACAGUUCAGCACCAACACUUGGUCACAACAAACCACCAACCACCACUUAACAGGUGUGCCUUCUUAAAAGUUAAUUUGUGGAAUUUCUUUCCUUCUUAAUGCGUUUGAGCCAAUCAGUUGUGUUGUGACAAGGUAGGGGUGGUAUACAGAAGAUAGCCCUAUUUGGUAAAAGACCAAGGUCAAUUAUGGCAAGAACAGCUCAAAUAAUCAAAGAGAAAUGACAGUCCAUCAUUACUUUAAGACGUGAAGGUCAGUCAAUACGGAACAUUUCAAGACCUUUUAAAGUUUCUUCAAGUACAGUUGCAAAAACAAUCAGGCGCUAUGAUGAAACUGGCUCUCAUGAGGACAGCCACAGGAAAGGAAGACCCAGAGUUACCUCUGCUGCAGAGGAUAAGUUCGUUAGAGUUACCAGCCUCAGAAAUCGCAGCCGAAAUAAAUGCUUCACAGAGUUCAAGCAACAGACACAUCUCAACAUCAACUGUUCAGAGGAGACUGUGUGAAUCAGGCCUUCAUGAUCGAAUUGCUGCAAAGAAACCACUACUAAAGGACACCAAUAAGAAGAAGAGACCUGCUUGGGCCAAGAAACACGAGCAAUGACAUUAGACCGGUGGAAAUGUGUCCUUUUGUCUGGAGUCCAAAUUUGAGAUUUUUGGUUCCAACCACUGUGUCUUUGUGAGACGCGGUGUGGGUGAACGAAUGAUCUCCGCAUGUGUAGUUCCCACCGUGAAGCAUGGAGAAGGAGGUGUUAUGGUGUGGGUGUGCUUUGCUGGUGACACUGUCUGUGAUUUAUUUAGAAUUCAAGGCACACUUAACCAGCAUGGCUAUCAUAGCAUUCUGCAGCGAUACGCCAUCCCAUCUGGUUUGGGCUUAGUGGGACUAUCAUUUGUUUUUCAACAGGACAAUGACCCAACACACCUCCAGGCUGUGUAAGGGCUAUUUGACCAAGAAGGAGAGUGAUGGAGUGCUGCAUCAGACCUGGCCUCCACAAUCACCCGACCUCAACCCAAUUUGAGAUGGUUUGGGAUGAGUCGGACGGCAGAGUGAAGGAAAAGCAGCCAACAAGUGCUCAGCAUAUGUGGGAACUCCUUCAAGACUGUUGGAAAAGCAUUCCAUGUGAAGCUUGUUGAGGGAAUGCCAAGAAUGUUCAAAGCUGUCAUCAAGGCAAAGGGUGGUUACUUUGACGAAUCUCAAAUAUAAAAAAUGUUGGUUACUACAUGAUUCCAUGUGUGUUAUGUCAUAGUUUUGAUGUCUUCACUGUUAUUUCUACAAUGUAGAAUAUAGUAAAAAUAAUGGAAAACCCUGGAAUAAGUAGGUGUGACUAAACUUUUGACUGGUGCUGUAUAUACAGCUCUGGAAAAAAAUUAAGAGACCACUGCAAAUGUUUCUUAAAUCAGCAUUUCUACAUGUAUGACAGCCAUUCCAUUCCAGUGUCUGUUGAAUUCCAACACCUCAUUCUACUGAAUUAGGUACUUAUUAGGUGAUCACAUGAACCAAAUCUUAGUUAACAAGGAAAAGUAUAAAAACCACUGCUGUGGUCAUCACUAUCCUCUUGCAAUAGGACCAGCUGGAUGGCAAAAACAGUGCUAAUAGUACCUCAAAAGUAAUAUUAAUCAAAAAAUAACUAUUGACCAAGCCAAAAGAGUUGAAAAGGAAAGUUUUGAGUGAGGAAAACAAGGGUUAAAUUCUGGCUUUACUGGCAGAGGGAUAUAGUGAGCGUCAGGUUGCUUCCAUCCUUAAAAUUUAAAAGACGGCGGUUCAUAAGAAUAAGGUCAAGCAGCAGACAUUGGGGACAACAAAGCUACAGACCGGCAGAGGGUGAAAACAGCUCUCUACUGACCGGGAUGACCGCCAACUCAUUCGAAUGUCACUCAACAUCCGUAGGAUGACAUCAAGUGACCUACAAAAAGAAUGGCAAACGGCAGCUGGGGUGAAGUGCACGGCGAGGACGGUUCGAAACAGGCUCCUAGGGGCAGGGCUGAAGUCAAUGAGAAGCAAAGAAGAGCCAGGCUGAGGUUUGCAAAAGACCAUUAGGAUAUUGCCGUAGAGGACUGUAGUAAGGUCAUCUUCUCUGAUGAGUCCAAUUUUCAGCUUUGCCCAACACCUGGUCGUCUAAUGGUUAGACGGAGACCUGGAGAGGCCUACAAGCCACAGUGUCUCGCACCCACUGUGAAAUUUGGUGGAGGAUCGGUGAUGAUCUGGGGGUGCUUCAGCAAUGCUGGAAUCAGGCAGAUUUGUCUUUGUGAAGGACGCAUGAAUCAAGCCACGUACAAGGUUGUCCUGGAAGAAAACGUGCUUCCUUUUGCGCUGACAUUGUUCCCCAACUCUGAGGAUUGGUUUUUCCAGCAGGACAAUGUGCCAUGCCACACAGCCAGGUCAAUCAAGGUGUGGAUGGAGGACCACCAGAUCAAGACCCUGUCAUGGCCAGCCCAAUCUCCAGACCUGAACCCCAUUGAAAACUUCUGGAAUGUGAUCAAGAGGAAGAUGGAUGGUCACAAGCCAUCAAACAAAGCCGAGCUGCUUGAAUUUUUGCACCAGGAGUGGCAUAAAGUCACCCAACAUCAAUGUGAAAGACUGGUGGAGAGCAUGCCAAGAUGCAUGAAAGCUGUGAAUGAAAAUGUGUUAUUCCACCAAAUAUUGAUUUCUGAACUCUUCCUAAGUUAAAACAUUACUAUUGUGUUGUUUAAAAAUGAACAUCAACUUAUUUUCUUUGCAUUAUUCGAGGUCUGACAACACUGCAUCUUUUUUGUUAUUUUGACCAGUUGUCAUUUUCUGCAAAUAAAUGCUCUAAAUGACAAUAUUUUUAUUUGGAAUUUGGGAGAAAUGUUGUCAGUAGUUUAUAGAAUAAAACAAAAAUGUUAAUUUCUGUCACGCCCUGGCUCUGGGGACACUUGUAUGUUGAGCCAGGGUGUGCAUUUCAUUUGUUUAUCUUGUAUGUGUAUUUCUAUGUUGGCCUGAGUGGCUCCCAAUCAGAGGCAACGAGUGUCAGCUGUCGUUGGUUGUCUCUGAUUGGGAGCCAUAUUUAAACUGUCUGUUUCCCAUUUGUGUUUGUGGGAUCUUGUUUCAAGUCUGUUUAUGUUAGACCGUGAACUGUCACGUAUCGUUUGUUGUUUUUGAUCGUGUCUCUAAUUAAAGAGUAUGUUUGCCUGCAACGCUGCGCCUUGGUCCUCAUCUCUGGUCGACGAUCGUGACAGAAGAUCCCACCUCGACUGGAUCAAGCAGCGUGACGAGGAGAGAGGAUGGACUUGGGAGGAGAUGAGUGCGAGUCUGGCAAGAGGGAUGGAGGCCUUGGCCACGGGUAGGAGUGAAGCCCAUAAAAUUUUUAGGGGGGGGCUAACGCCGUGGACGACGGGGCAGCAGGAGGCCGCCAGGUUACGGGAGUCACUGGUCACCAGGGGGAGGGAGGAUGUAGAGGUACUGGCGUGUGUUGCCAGUCCGGUCCGGCCUGUUCCUGAUCCCCACGUAGGGCCAGUGGUGUGUGUUCCCAGUACGGUCCGGCCUGUUCCUGCCACUCGCACCAAGUCAGUGGUGCGCUUCGUCAGCCCGGCACGGCCCGUUCCUGCUCCCCGCACCAAGUCAGUGGUGCGCUUCGUCAGCCCGGUCCGGCCCGCUCCUGCUCCCCGCACCAAGUCAGUGGUGCGUUUCGUCAGCCCGGCGCGGCCCGUUCCUGCUCCCCGCACCAAGUCAAUGGUGCGCGUCGUCAGCCCGGUCCGGCCCAUUCCUGCUCCCCGCACCAAGUCAGUGGUGCGUUUCGUCAGCCCAGCUCGGCCCGUUCCUGCUCCCCGCACCAAGUCAGUGGUGCGUUUCGUCAGCCCGGCGCGGCCCGCUCCUGCUCCCCACACCAAGCCAGUGGUGUGCGUCGUCAGUCCGGCACGGCCUGUGCCUGUUCCACCGGUGGCUGGUCCGGCACCGGUCAGCUGCUUCACGCCGGAGCUAGAGCAAUCCGCUCCACCAGUGUGCAGUCCAGCUCCGGCCAGCGGGGCCAGACCGGACCAGGGGUACUUUGGGGGGUUGGAGAGGGAGCGGGGAUCAGGCCCGGAGCCGGAUCCGCCGCCUAAGCGGAGUGCCCACCCGGUCCCUCCCCUGUGGUGUUUGGUGGGCGCGGUCGGAGUCCGCGCCUUUAGGGGGGGGUACUGUCAUGCCCUGGCUCUGGGGACACUGUAUGUUGAGCCAGGGUGUGCAUUUCAUUUGUUUAUCUAGUAUGUGUAUUUCUAUGUUGGCCUGAGUGGCUCCCAAUCAGAGGCAACGAGUGUCAACUGUCGUUGGUUGUCUCUGAUUGGGAGCCAUAUUUAAACUGUCUGUUUCCCAUUUGUGUUUGUGGGAUCUUGUUUCAAGUCUGUUUAUGUUAGACCGUGAACUGUCACGUAUCGUUUGUUGUUUUGAUCGUGUCUCUAAUUAAAGAGUAUGUUUGCCUGCAACGCUGCGCCUUGGUCCUCCUCUUUGGUAGACGAUCGUGACAAUUUCACCCAAACACAUACCUAUAAAUAGUAAAACCAGAGAAACUGAUAAUUUUGCAAUUUCCAGAGCUGUAUAUCUCGAACAUACACAAGCGCCAAUUUAAUUCCACUAAAUUAUGCAAAUUACUGUACAUAUUGUAUAUGGAUUAUUUUGAUGAGAAGCCCUUCUGCUGCAAUGUUAAGACCAUGUUGUUUGGACAUUAAACGUACAUUAAAGCCCAGAUUGCUUUUUCACAACAGAAGCUCCGUCCCCACUGCUUGUGUUGUGAGAGAAUCCAAAAUUGUUUGAACGAAAACAUGGGGGUUGGGCCCAGUCAUACCGGCUGGGCUGGCCUUGGGGAGACGGGUCUUUGCGCUAGCUAACGUUCGCUUAUAGCUGCAUUGUCGAACACACAAAGGUUAGCAGCUAACGUUAGCUAGCAUGUAGCUAGCAGGCUAAAUUGAUUAUAAAGGCAAACAUGUCAACACUGACCUAAACAGGAGAAUGUUGGCCAUUUUUUAUUUGUGACUUUGUCACUUUGUCAGUGUGUGUUGGCUGUGUUUUGAACAGCUAGAGAUGUUUCCUCUCACUCCACUAGCUCCAAGAGCGAGGCACAAUGAAGGUUGUUCGAGUGGAUUUAGCACAAAGACACACCUUUCCCCAAGGCCAGCCCAGCAGCUAUGGCUGGGCCAAACCCCCGUGUUUUUCGUUCAAACAAAAAUAUGUAUCUCACAACACAAGCAGUGGGGCGGGUGGCUUCUGUUGUGAAAAGCAGCCGUAAGUCACGUUAUGCAUCUGUAGCACUUUCUUUAAAACUAAACGUCAUGAAUAUUUAAAAGUUUCUGUCAGAAUUUCUGUUUACAUUCCAAUCUGUGGUUCAUGAUGUAAAAUACAUAAAUACAUUAACAUUUAUGACUGUAAAUGAUCCUUAGUGAUCCGGUUGGACGAGUUCCCUAAAGAUCUGAUGCCACCUGUUGUAUUUAUUCAAGCCCUCACACAAAGCUAUUUCUCUUUUACAAAGAUCAAUUUGAAAGUAGAACAUAUGAUCUUGUUUUCCAGGUUUGUUUCAUGCCUUCGAUGAGAACCGGGACAAUCACAUCGACUUUAAGGAGAUCUCCUGUGGCCUGUCUGCCUGUUGCCGGGGGCCCGUCGCCGAGAGGCAGAAAUGUAAGAGCUGCCGUGUGAUUUUGUUCUCACAGGUAGAGAGUAGUGAUUUCCUAACAUAAGGCUUCCUUUCACACAUGAUGGUGCUCGUGAGUGGAAGAGAGGCAGAGCUUUCCCCCUGUGGAUGUUACUGAUGUCUACUGCCUCUGAAUAGUCAUCAGUUUGUAAUCUAUCCUGUCAUCUAAAUUCUCAUCAGGCCUAAAUUACAUUUUCACUCUUGGAAAUGGCAGCAGAUAUUGGGAUUUUAAGACUCUAGUUAAUGAUCUAAAUAAUGCAGAGGAAUACAGAUGUCUAGCAGCACGACUGCAGCUUUAUCUUUCAUUUUAUUUAACCUUUAUUUUGACAGGGAAGACAUAUUGAGACCUAGGUCUCUUUUCCAGACGCGUCCUGUAUAAUACAAUAUAAAAAAUCCCACAUUAAACACUAUUUUGUUACGUUACAGCCUUAUUCUAAAAUUGAUUAAAUAAAAAUUGAACCUCAUCAAUCUACACACAAUGGUAUUGGCUUCACCGGUGGUGAUGGUAUUGACCAGGUGAUGAGCGGUGCCUGGUUUCCUCCAGACUUGACGCUUGGCAUUCAGGUCAAAGAGUUCAAUCUUGGUUUCAUCAGACCAGAGAAUCUUGUUUCUCAUGGUCUGAGAGUCCUUUAGGUGCCUUUUGGCAAACUCCAAGCGGGCUGUCAUGUGCAUUUUACUGAGGAGUGGCUUCCGUCUGGCCACUCUACCUUAAAGGCCUGAUUGGUGGAGUGCUGCAGAGAUGGUUGUCCUUCUGGAAGGUUCUCCCAUCUCCACAGAGGAACUCCUUGACCAAGGCCCUUCUCCCCCGAUUGCUCCGUUUGGCCGGGUGGCCAGCUCUAGGAAGAGUCUUGGUGGUUCCAAACUUCCAUUUAAGAAUGAUUGAGGCCACUGUGUUCUUGGGGACCUUCAAUGCUGCAGACAUUUUUUGGUUCCCUUCCCCAGAUCUGUGCCUCGACACAAUCCUGUCUCGGAGCUCUACGGACAAUUCCUUCGACCUCAUGGCUUGGUUUUUGCUCUGACAUGCACUGUCAACUAUGGGGCCUUAUAUAGACAGACGUGUGCCUUUCCAAAUCAUGUCCAAUCAAUUGAAUUUGCCACAGGUGGACUCCAAUCAAGUUGUAAAAACAUCUCAAGGAUGAUCAAUGGAAACAGGAUGCACCUGAGCUCAAUUUCAAGUCUCAUAGCAAAGGGUCUGAAUACUUAUAAGGUUUUUCAGUUUUUUUUAUUUUUAAUGAAUUUGCAAACAUUUCUAAAAACCUGUUUUCACUUUGUCAUUAUGGGGGAUUGUGUGUGGAGUGAUGAGGGGAAAACAUUUAUUUAAUCCAUUUUAGAAUAAGGCUGUAAUGUAACAAAGUGGAAAAAGUGAAGGGGUCUGAAUACUUUCCUAAUGCACUGUACAUUUCUCAGAUAAAUAAGAGCGAUGUUCUACAUUUAGCAAGGAUUCGAGAAUCUUAGCUAGACAAGGAAGCCAUGAAAAUGGGGCGAUAAUUAUUAAGAUCACUAUUAUCCCCGCCCCUUAUGGAGUGGCAGCACAAGAGCUGAUUUCCAUACUUUAGGAAUACUUCCUGAUAACAAUGUUAAAUAAAAAAUAUGGGUCAUUGAGUCAACAAUGAUGGGCGCUGCACACUUAACCAGACCAGGAUUCAAUUCGUCUGCCCCUGUGGAUUUCUUGUUGUCUAUUACUAGCAAAGCAUCCAGGACUUAUAUUUCUGUAAAUAGUGUAAAAUAAUUGCUUUGACUGUAAUUUCUCUGAUCAUUCAGCAAGUUUCCUCUAUCAGCAUCCAGACCAUUAUCAUUGUGAAUAGGCUUAGAAGUUUUUUCAAAGAGGAAACUGGCUGCCUGCUGAAAUAAAAUGGUGAUUAAAUGCAUCAAUGAUGGCGUUUUUUUCCCGUAAUGAGGCCAGUGUCUGAAUUCCAGAUUUUAGCCGGGUUCCCAUUACAAUCUGAAAGAAGGGUUAGAUAAUAAUCAGAUUUAGCCUUUCUGAUUUGUUUUACACAAUGAUUCCUCAGUUACUUAAUAGCUUGCCAGUCCGGGCCUAAGCCUUUGUUCCUGGCCUUGACCCAAGCAUCAUCUCUUUUAUGAAUGACUGCUGAUAAUUCCGGAGUCUACCAUUCGAUCUACCUUUAACCCUUAAUUAAAGGGAGCAUGAUUAUCCACAAUAGUAUUGAAGACAUCUGCCAAGAGGUUCAAAGCUAAAUCAGGUUCAGGGAAAAGCUGAAAUACAUUCAAGGUAAAAUAAAGAUAAUGUAAAAAAAAGCCUGUUCACUGCAGUUUUUUAAGUUCCUCUGUGACGACACGAGGCUUAGAUGUUUUGAAUUCUCACGUCUCUAACACAAACAACUGGGCAACGGUCACUAAUAUCUUGGGUGAAGACACCUGUAGAAACAUGUAUCUCUCUGGUGUAUUCGUUAGAAUCAGAUCAAUCAGAGGUGACUGCUCUAGGGUUGGGCCGUGUAGGCUUAGUCACCAGCCGGGUUAGGGUUAGAUCAUUGAGCCUCUACUGGAGUCUGUAGUUUAGAAACGACAAUGUUAUGUCAUGGAGUAUUUUGUACCCUCCUCCUCUCUUGUUUCCCAGUUUGUUUCAAAGUGUUUGAUGUGGACCGGGAUGGGGUUCUGUCUCGAGACGAAAUCCAUGAAAUGGUGGUCGCACUCCUGGAGGUGUGGAGGGACAAUCGCAUACACACACCCCCCGUAAGUACUGUUAGUCAGACACACCCCCCGUAAGUACUGUUAGUCAGACACACCCCCCGUAAGUACUGUUAGUCAGACACACCCCCCGUAAGUACUGUUAGUCAGACACACCCCCCGUAAGUACUGUUAGUCAGACACACACCCCCCGUAAGUACUGUUAGUCAGACACACCCCCCGUAAGUACUGUUAGUCAGACACACCCCCCGUAAGUACUGUUAGUCAGACACCCCCCCCCGUAAGUACUGUUAGUCAGACACACCCCCCGUAAGUACUGUUAGUCAGACACACACCCCCCGUAAGUACUGUUAGUCAGACACACCCCCGUAAGUACUGUUAGUCAGACACACACCCCCCGUAAGUACUAUUAGUCAGACACACCCCCCGUAAGUACUGUUAGUCAGACACACACCCCCCCGUAAGUACUAUUAGUCAGACACACCCCCCGUAAGUACUGUUAGUCAGACACACCCCCCGUAAGUACUGUUAGUCAGACACACACCCCCCGUAAGUACUGUUAGUCAGACACACCCCCCGUAAGUACUGUUAGUCAGACACACCCCCCGUAAGUACUGUUAGUCAGACACACCCCCCGUAAGUACUGUUAGUCAGACACACACCCCCCCGUAAGUACUGUUAGUCAGACACACCCCCCGUAAGUACUGUUAGUCAGACACACCCCCCGUAAGUACUGUUAGUCAGACACACCCCCCGUUAGUACUGGUGGACACUUGGUUUGGGCGGUAUCCAGAUUUACGUAUCGUCAUACCGGCCUUCUCUCAUCCCGGGAUUUAAGGUAUUACCGGCGUAGCCCACAAGGGGGUGCUACAAAUUCAAGAAAAUCCCAUUGUGCCUCUUACCAGAAUACUAACAAAAUUAGCACAAACUAAUAGUGAAAUCACAUAGACGCUGUUAGCUAAAUGCUAACGAGCGAAAACAAACAUACUAAUUGCAAAGACAGGCACAUCCAGCUCAUAAAGUUAUACAAGCAUAGCUAGUAGCUACCCAAUGUUAUUCUCGUUGUGUGGACAUUUACAAGUGAAAGUGAAUGAGAGAAAUUGUGCAAAUGAACAAAGUUGUGAUGCAUGCUUUUCUGAAGGAAGAGCAGCAUGUGUACGCAGAGGGGAGGAGAACAGAGGGGGAAGAGCAGCAUGUGUACACAGAGCAGGGGGACCUUGCGGGCGCUGCAGGAUUUCAGUCCUUCACGGCGUAGUGUGUUACCAAUUGUUUUCUUGUUGACUAUGGUCCCAGCUGCCUUGAGAUCAUUGACAAGAUCCUCCCAUGUAGUUCUGGGCUGAUUCCUCACUGUUCUCAUGAUAAUUGCAACUCCACGAGGUGAGAUCUUGCAUGGAGCCCCAGGCCGAGGGAGAUUGACAGUUCUUUUGUGUUUCUUCCAUUUGCGAAUAAUCGCACCAACUGUUGUCACCUUCUCACCAAGCUGCUUGGCGAUGGUCUUGUAGCCCAUUCCAGCCUUGUGUAGGUCUACAAUCUUGUCCCUGACAUCCUUGGAGAGCUCUUUGGUCUUGGCCAUGGUGGAGAGUUUGGAAUCUGAUUGAUUGAUUGCUUCUGUGGACCGGUGUCUUUUAUACAGGUAACAAGCUGAGAUUAGGAGCACUCCCUUUAUGAGUUUUCUCCUAAUCUCAGCUCGUUACCUGUAUAAAAGACACCUGGGAGCCAGAAAUCCUUCUGAUUGAGAUGGGGUCAAAUACUUAUUUCCCUCAUUAAAAUGCAAAUCAAUUUAUAACAUUUCUGAAAUGCGUUUUUCUGGAUUUUCUUGUUGUUAUUCUGUCUCUCACUGUUCAAAUAAACCUACCAUUAAAAUUAUAGAAUGAUCAUUUCUUUGUCAGUGGGCAAACGUACAAAAUCAGCAGGGGAUCAAAUACUUUUUUCCCUCACCAGCAGACUCACUGAUAGAUAUAGAACGCUAUGGACUCACCAGCAGAGACUCACUGAUAGAUAUAGAACGCUAUGGACUCACCAGCAGAGACUCACUGAUAGAUAUAGAACGCUAUGGACUCACCAGCUCGCUUUCUCCUGUUGUGCUGUUUACAAACAAACACGUGACUGGCUCAACUGUUGUGGGGAACUACGGUAAGAUUCAUAAUGUAAAACAAUGUGACAGGUGAAAUGAAGAACACAAUCCGCUUUAUCUCCUAACGUAUUGCGCAAGCUGACUGCAGGUAUUAACUUAAAAAGUAGCUACAAAUAUUCACAUUUUAUUGAAAAACGUCAAAGAAAUAGUUUUGACGGUAUUGAAAAACCAUCCAAUGGUAUACUGCCGAAGUCUAGUGGACACUAUAAGUACUGCUAAACACAGACACUCCCUGUAAGUACUGCUAAACACAGAAUUCCCUAUAAGUACUGUUAAACACAGAACUCCCUGUAAGUACUGCUAAACACAGACACUCCCUGUAAGUAAUGCAGGCUAAAUGGCUAGUGUAAUGGAGGUGGUUGGAUUUGGUAAGUAAGCUAGCUAAGUUUUGACUCUUGUCCUGUUUUCAGGAGUUGCUCACCAACGUGUCGGACAUAGUGGAAGGAAUCCUGAAGAUGCACGACACGACCAAGGUCAGACUCUUCUAGGAGAUAUAUCAGGUGUUUACGUCUGUAACGUGGUUGGGUUUAGGACUAUAAUUAUCUCAUAAUGCUUCUGCUGUCCACUGACAUUUAACCCUUGUUGUCUUUGACCCUAACCUUUGACCCCCCCACACACAGCUGGGUCACCUGACCCUGGAGGACUACCAGAUCUGGAGUGUGAAGAGCGCUCUGGCCAAUGAGUUCCUCAACCUGCUGUUCCAGGUCAGAACACACACACACACACACACACACACACACACACACACAUAGACACACACUCAUUUAGUGGUUUGUUCCAGGUGUGUGUUUCUGUGUUUGUACAGUGGGGAGAACAAGUAUUUGAUACACUGCCGAUUUUUCAGGUUUUCCUACUUACAAAGCAUGUAGAGGUCUGUAAUUUUUAUCAUAGGUACACUUCAACUGUGAGAGACGGAAUCUAAAACAAAAAUCCAGAAAAUCACAUUGUAUGAUUUUUAAGUAAUUAAUUUGCAUUUUAUUGCAUGACAUAAGUAUUUGAUACAUCAGAAAAGCAGAACUUAAUAUUUGGUACAGAAACCUUUGUUUGCAAUUACAGAGAUCAUACGUUUCCUGUAGGUCUUGACCAGGUUUGCACACACUGCAGCAGGGAUUUUGGCCCACUCCUCCAUACAGACCUUCUCCAGAUCCUUCAGGUUUCGGGGCUGUCGCUGGGCAAUACGGACUUUCAGCUCCCUCCAAAGAUGUUCUAUUUGGUUCAGGUCUGGAGACUGGCUAGGUCACUCCAGGACCUUGAGAUGCUUCUUACGGAGCCACUCCUUAGUUGCCCUGGCUGUGUGUUUCGGGUCGUUGUCAUGCUGGAAGACCCAGCCACGACCCAUCUUCAAUGCUCUUACUGAGGGAAGGAGGUUGUUGGCCAAGAUCUCGCGAUACAUGGCCCCAUCCAUCCUCCCCUCAAUACGGUGCAGUCGUCCUGUCCCCUUUGCAGAAAAGCAUCCCCAAAGAAUGAUGUUUCCACCUCCAUGCUUCACGGUUGGGAUGGGGUUCUUGGGGUUGUACUCAUCCUUCUUCUUCCUCCAAACACGGCGAGUGGAGUUUAGACCAAAAAGCUCUAUUUUUGUCUCAUCAGACCACAUGACCUUCUCCCAUUCCUCCUCUGGAUCAUCCAGAUGGUCAUUGGCAAACUUCAGACGGGCCUGGACAUGCGCUGGCUUGAGCAGGGGGACCUUGCGUGCGCUGCAGGAUUUUAAUCCAUGACGGCGUAGUGUGUUACUAAUGGUUUUCUUUGAGACUGUGGUCCCAGCUCUCUUCAGGUCAUUGACCAGGUCCUGUCGUGUAGUUCUGGGCUGAUCCCUCACCUUCCUCAUGAUCAUUGAUGCCCCACGAGGUGAGAUCUUGCAUGGAGCCCCAGACCGAGGGUGAUUGACCGUCAUCUUGAACUUCUUCCAUUUUCUAUUAAUUGCACCAACAGUUGUUGCCUUCUCACCAAGCUGCUUGCCUAUUGUCCUGUAGCCCAUCCCAGCCUUGUGCAGGUCUACAAUUUUAUCCCUGAUGUCCUUACACAGCUCUCUGGUCUUGGCCAUUGUGGAGAGGUUGGAGUCUGUUUGAGUGUGUGGACAGGUGUCUUUUAUACAGGUAAUGAGUUCAAACAGGUGCAGUUAAUACAGGUAAUGAGUGGAGAACAGGAGGGCUUCUUAAAGAAAAACUAACAGGUCUGUGAGAGCCGGAAUUCUUACUGGUUGGUAGGUGAUCAAAUACUUAUGUCAUGCAAUAAAAUGCAAAUGAAUUACUUAAAAAUCAUACAAUGUGAUUUUCUGGAUUUUUGUAGUUGACUUUCUCUUCAUGCGCCCUCCAUGUGUUUCUGCAGGUCUGCCACAUUGUCCUGGGUCUUCGACCUGCCGGUCCUGAAGAGGAGGGACAAAUCAUCAGGUAUACACAUCUCCUGAAGAACUCUUACAUGUGUUUUACACCUCUACAGUUUAAAGCUCUGAACUCUACUCUGUGUGUGUGUGUGUUCAGGGGGUGGCUGGAGAGAGAGGGCAGACACGGGCUCAAGCCUGGUGAUAACUGGUUCCUCAUCUCCAGCCAGUGGUGGACGCUGUGGAAAGACUACGUCAAAUAUGUGAGUGGAAGUCCAAGUGUACGUCCUUAAUGGCACCAGAGCCCAUAUGGUCAAAAGUAGUGCACUACAUAGGGAAUAGGGUGCCAAGUGCACUACAUAGGGAAUAGGGUGCCAAGUGCACUACAUAGGGAAUAGGGUGCCAAGUGCACUACAUAGGGAAUAGGGUGCCAAGUGCACUACAUAGGGAAUAGGUUGCCAAGUGCACUACAUAGGGAAUAGGUUGCCAAGUGCAUACAUAGGGAAUAGGGUGCCAAGUGCACUACAUAGGGAAUAGGUUGCCAAGUGCACUACAUAGGGAAUAGGUUGCCAAGUGCACUACAUAGGGAAUAGGGUGCCAAGUGCACUACAUAGGGAAUAGGGUGCCAAGUGCACUACAUAGGGAAUAGGGUGCCAAGUGCACUACAUAGGGAAUAGGGUGCCAAGUGCAACUACAUAGGGAAUAGGGUGCCAAGUGCACUACAUAGGGAAUAGGGUGCCAAGUGCACUACAUAGGGAAUAGGGUGCCAAGUGCACUACAUAGGGAAUAGGGUGCCAAGUGCACUACAUAGGGAAUAGGGUGCCAAGUGCACUACAUAGGGAAUAGGGUGCCCAAGUGCACUACAUAGGGAAUAGGGUGCCAAGUGCACUACAUAGGGAAUAGGGUGCCAAGUGCACUACAUAGGGAAUAGGGUGCCAAGUGCACUACAUAGGGAAUAGGGUGCCAAGUGCACUACAUAGGGAAUAGGGUGUCAUUUGGGAAGCACCCCAAAUGUAGGCCUAACUGUUAAGUUGAAGAGCAGAAUAUGAUAAUCACAGCAUGCCAACGUUACUAACCAUCCUUCCCUCUCCUCUCUCUCCCCAGGACCAGAAGUCCAUUGUGGUGGAUCAGCCCUCUAUCCUCUCCUCUCUGAGGAAUCCUCAGGCCUCUGCCACCGUCGAGCCUGCCCCCCUGGAGCCAGGGGUAGGGGUAAGGGGAGGUCUGGGGGUCCCCAGCCCAGCCAGCCCCUCAGAGAAGAGGUCCCCUGAUGCUGUGUCCAGCGCCUCUGAAGCCACAGAGACCCUCAGCACAGGUCAGUGACCAGACCAGACUGGCCACUAGGCUGCGCUGUACAUAAUGUUACAACCUCAAAUGAUGGGUUAUAACUGUUCAUUAUUUAUAAACGACUUAUCAAUUAAUGAUUUACUGUUUAUAAACUACUUUUAACCUUUUACAUCCCCUCUAAGGGUACCUUAGCAUAAAGUGUUCCUGUACCUUAACCUUAACGUAAAGUGUUCCUGUACCUUAACCUUAGCAUAAAGUGUUACUCUGAUGCUUUCACCCCCCCCCCCCCCCUCAGCAACAGAGAUCUGUUUUGCCCGGCAACACAACAUGUCAGACAACAACCAGUGUUUCUCCGGGGCCAACGGCCACAUCCCCUCCCUCUCUCACUCCCAUCUGACAGCUCAGAGGCCUGGAGCCAUCGAC